AUGGCAGAGAAAACCCCUCUCCUCCACUACCGCCUCUCUACCAGCGUCAAUGAGUCCGACCGUCGGGCACCAAUGCCCGGGCAGGCACCGGAGCAGCACACGGGGACCCCCAGGCUGAAGUCCAACCAACAGCGUCAACCAAAGAAACUCUCCAUCUUCUUCGGUGUGGUGAUCCCCACCCUACUGUCAAUGUUCAGCGUGGUUGUCUUCCUCAGAAUAGGUGAGUGCUGAUGAGGACAUGCCGUUCAUGCGACAACAUGCAAACCAAACCCCAUUCAAAAUUCUGAUAAUUGACAAUUGGCUUGCUUGUCACAAAAAUAUUCAUGUACUAUAACACAACGAAACCUUGUGUAUAUUCCACUGAAAAGCUCGGCAUGCUAGACUGUCCACAAGGCUGACUAUCAACUUUCAGUAUCCAAGAUUAUUCUCUGAGGAAAAAAGAAGACAUGGCCAAAAAAUAGACUUUAUUGAGAUAUUUAGCUCUACCACAUUUAAUGCUGUGUUAAUAGGACACAUCUAUUAAACACUUAUAUCUAUUUCUAUAUGUUCGUCUCAAUGUAGUGGGUAAAAAACACAAGAAGCAAAGGAAUGACAGAGGGAUUGUUAUGCUGUAAGAAGUCACUUGUGGUUUUACACACAUGCAGUUCAGGGUCUCUUUAGCUUGAUUGUGAAGCCCUCACUUUUAAUGAAUGGAGUGUUAAACAAUAAUUAAAUACACAUACUAUGACCCUUACAAGCUUAGGACUUGUAUUCAGUUCUGAAAGUACAAGCCAGGCUUUGCUCUUCUAUGGUAUUAAUACUCAGCAUUAAAAAGAAAUUAAAGACCAUCAACACUCCUCCACAGUUACAAACCAGCAGCCCGACUGGUUUCAUGUCAUGUAUUAUAUGAUAAUGACAGGCAGCAUCAGUGUUUCUCAGUGCAAAUGUAAUCUUUUUAAAAUCUUUUUUAAAUUUCAUGGCUUAAAGUUUCAGUUACCAGUGGAAAGUGUUUGUAAAACAAGUCAUCUUAAAAUGUCACGCUAACCACAGUUUCACAUUUCAGCUGUACAAGCAUAAAAUAGAGGCUUUACACAAAUAAUUCCCAUGAAACCAACAGCUGUGCUCUCAUAUCUAUGGUUGCCCAGAGGGUCAUCUGAAACAAACAUUUCAUCACCUUGACAAACAUUCUACUAAGCUCUGUGAAAAUUAUAAUAAUUCAUAAACACAAAGGUCAAAUCAAAUUGGUCAAAAAAAUCAUACAUAUUUCCAAAAGAAAAAUACUGUAUGAAACAAAUAAAAAUAUUAAACAUUAAAAAAGAAGUUGCAUAGACACAGGUGUAUUGGAUAAGAAAUUAAAAAGAAAGGUUAAGUUUAUGAAACCCCAACAUAUUUCACAACCACAAAUGUUUCACAACAACAUUCGCCUUAUUACAGAGAAUAUUGCACUAGCACAAGUUUAUCUUUCACAAUCACAAAUAGUGUAUCACAAAACAGCAAAAUAAAAACUUUCCAAAAAGGGGUAAAAUCCACAAAAUGCCAAAAACAACCUUACAAAACAAAACAAAAAAUGCUUCAUGAACUCAGAAAAUAUUUUUUAAAACGCAAAAAUAUACUUACAGUUCAUGAAAUUUUGUGUGAGGAUUUUUUAUUGAUUUAAUAGAAUGCAAAACAUUUUUGCAUUUCAUGAAACAUGUUUGCAUGUUGUGAAAUAGCGGAUAUUGAGGUAGUUGUGUUUAUGAAACGUAUGCCUUUCAUAAAGUCGUUUUGAGUUUUUGUAGGAUCCAUUUUGGUCAUUUAAAAUAUUUUUAGAAUACUUGUGUUUGUUAAGAAAAAUGUUGUAAUGGUGUCAUGAUUGUUUUCUAUUAUUUGGUUUAAUGAAAUGUUCAUGUAGUUGACUUUCAGGGCCAUCACACAUCUCUUCCAAAGUAAUUUAGGUGUCAUUUUUCUAUUUCUAAAACACUUUAUUUUACCCCCUCCACUGAUGCCUUAUAAUUUGACAUAAAAUGACACACACUCUCACACACAUGAAGACUUGAAUUGAUGAUCACAGUAGCUGCCUGUGCCAGGCUUUAAAGGACUGUUUUCAUUCUGUACUAUGCCAGUCUGCAGAGGAAGUAACACUGGUUUCAUUGUGGAUGUGAAACUGCUGUAAAAGAGCUUCAACAUAGGAAGCGAAAAGAAUCAUAUCUGUUGUUUGAUAACAUAUCUAUAACAUAUUCUAUCAUAGCCAAACAUAUACCAGCAUUUUUCUGAUAUGUCACAUAAAAGCUUCCGAUUUUUCGCAUACUUUCAAAAAGCAUUUCUGAACUCUUUCUUGGUAAACGAAUUACGUGCUGUGUUCUUCCUCUGGGCUUAUUUUGAGAAAAUGUAGUUCAUGUGACAGCAGCAUCAGUAAAGCAGAUAAAAGCAGAGUUAUAUGCUGUUAAUCUCAGACACUGAUAGCAUGAACAGCAGGAUGUCACAGUCGUGCACGGUUCUGAUUAUGUGGAAAAUUUGCGCCCAACAAAGCAUGAAGUGAUGCAUGUGUACACUGAUGCUUUUUGCUAUACUUUGAGUAAAUGCACAUGACUUUGCACAGAAACGUUCGGAUUUUCAGUUUGCCAAUGAUCUAUUGCAAGUAACAGAACGAGUUUUGUUGCCUGACCUGUUUGCACAAGUCAGGGAUGGAAAAUCAAGAGUAUUUUUUUAGUCUUCUUGCAAGACUCAAAACAAUCAGAUCCUCUCACCCUGGCUCGCAGUUCUUGAAUGGACCACUUUGUACAAAGCCACUUGGAAAUGGUCUUUGGUCCAGAGAGUUUAAUCCAGAAUUUGAGUAAUAAAAAUCUUGGGGAUUAUGGUUUAGUGUGAAUUUUAUAGCAAGAGGCUGAAAGUAACUUUUCCAAAGUCCAAGUGUGAUCUGUUUAGAUUGAAGUAAUCCUUAGAGCUGUUAAACAGGGAGUUCAGCCAUGCCAACCCAAAACACCCUUAAAUCACUCAACCAGCCGAUAUCAGUCCUCCAGAGCAGGCUGGGAACCAGACUAAUCUACGAGCCUGUUUUGCAUUUGCUGCUGUAGAUCCGUCUGACCCUGCUCCCAUUUAUAUAGAAUUCAGUUCGGCCUGGUAUGAGUCAGGUCAAUCACAAUUAUUUAACAGAUAUGAUUUAAUGCUUAAUGCUUAAUGGUAGAGGAGUGCAGUUGAAACAUUUGUGUUGCCUCUGAUUUGAAGGGUUUUGGAUACUCUGUUGAGUUGGUAAUACACAUAGAUGACACAAUGUGCCACUGAAGUCUGUUGGGUCAAUUAAGUGGACUUUUACUCGCCUCUUUUUACGCCUUCAACAUUUAAAACUACAGUCUGUAGUUUCUUUCUUUCUUUCUUUCUUUCUUUCUUUCUUUCUUUCUUUCUUUCUUUCUUUCUUUCUUUCUUUCUUUCUUUCUUUCUUUCUUUCUUUUAUUUAUCUUAAACUUUAAGGACAACAACAAAAACAAAAAACUAAAUACGAUUAAAAGCAAACAAAAAAAAAACAUUGAGCAAAAUAUAUGUAUGUACACCAAACAACUGUACAUGUCAAAGAUAGAUGUACACUAACACAUUUAUGUCAAAAACAAACAGUUUGAGAGGGAACAGAAUGAAGCAAAGAGCUUAUUUAGUCCUGCCCUUUCCUUGCAGAUCAAAGCCAAUAAUGAAUGGAAAAAAGAAAAUCUAAUUGUACAAGUAAUAAUAUUUAGUAUUUAGCAGCAUUUAACAGAACAGACUAAGUAAUGUACCGUGACGUCAGUUUUCACAAACCAAACUCUCACAUCUGUAUCAAACAUUCCCUGCUUCUUCUUUUAGUUUCUUUGAAGGUUACUGUAAAUACACAGAGAGGAAACUGUGAUCACUGUCAACAGAAGAACCCACUUUCACUUUCUGGCACAAGGCACAUUAGGACCAGUCUUUUGGUGUGACUGCUGACCUUCACUUUCAGUAUGAUUUGUCUGAAGAUCCCGGGAAAGAUCUCAUCAAAAACUCCCUUGUACAUGGGACUGUUUCCCACAAUCAACGAUAGUUCCAGAGUAAAAUGACUUGACUCUUGUGGCAGACUCUGUGUUCAAAGCCUCUGUGCUCUGUAUCUGUGGGCGCUUUUCAGUAAAGUUUCACUUCUCCUUUCAACUGCCUCAUUUUCGAGUCUGUAGUUCUGCUGUUUGACCGUCAGACCUGGUGUUUUGUCUAACUUUGUGUUUUGUCUGACUAGGAUUUGCGGUGGGCCAGUCUGGACUCUACCAAGCGAUUGCCAUGUACCUGGUGGCUUAUUUUAUCAUCUCUAUGACUGUACUAUCUGUCUGUGCCAUCUCCACCAACGGGGCCCUGGAUGCUGGGGGAGCAUACUGUAUCCUCUUUAAAUCACAUGGCGUCAACAUGAGGUUAUCACAAGCAUGCAUUUGUCACUGUGGAAACGGACAAACUGCCCUCUAGCAGCAUGUCUGCUCAAGAAUGUGUACCAUUAAUUUUGAGACUGAAUAGUUUGAUCAUUAACUGAAAUAUUAGACUCUGUCCACAUGUUUGUUCAUGGGACAGUUUGUUUCUCUGCUGCUAGAACUCGGGUCAGUGAUUCCAGUGAGUCACCACAGAUCACCUGCAUCACUUUCAUCAGUUAAAACUCAUACUUUAACAAGCGCCGUUCAUAAACAUAGAUAAUCACUGAGAUGUUUUCAUCAGACCAAGAUUAGUUUAGCAAUGUAUUGUUACCUGAACAUUUCCAUGAGCCUGUAGCCAAGAAACAAUGAAAGUGAUUUAUUCACAUCAACAAACCCUAUCAUACUACUUCUUAGGAUUGAGUUAUUUUACUUUGUUCAAACUGUAAAUAGGCGGAUUAGCUGUUUCCUAAUGUCCCGUUUCUGUGCUGAACCAAGACAAGUCUGCGUUUUCACUACAGGACUUUUCCCUGAGGACUUUUAGUAGGUUACUAGAUUACUAGAUCCUAAUCCAAUUGGGUCUGUAGACCUCAGCAGAAAAGGGGACAACAGUGGGCUGGAAAGAAACUUUUCAAUCCCUUGAAAAAUAGUAAAAUUCUUGAGUACUUUGGGUGGAAACGUGGUUUAAUUGUGCAGCCAGACCACUACUUUGCUGCAGAAGUUGGCAUUGACAAUAAACUGAUGAUAGUCUGAUGGAGUUUUCUAGUCUGACUCUGAUUUAAAGGGCAAGAAAGUGCAUCUAGUUGCUCUCUAAAACUUUUCUUUUUGGGCACACAAAUUUAUUCUCAGGAACUAGGCACUGUAGAUGUUUCUCUGUAAACCACAGAGACCAUAUACUUUAUUUCCCUCCCUGGAAAGUCCCUGCAGGUGGAGUUUUACUAACUGAAAAAACAGGAAGCUUGGUGAAACUUAAACCUUUCCUGAUAGUCCAGUUACAAUUUUCAUAAUCCUCACAGAUGUCUAGUCUUCAUCAGAAACAAACACACGCAAAAAUAUUAGCGCCCUGUAAGAUCCAAGGUCCUUUUUUUUCUCUUAUUGACUCCUCUCUUUUCUAUAAUGGAACCUCUUUAGAAAAGUGACAACCACCACCCCUUUAUCAGGUUCAUACACCCUGACAAACACACUACAUGAAGUCAGUAAUGACAGAAAUACAAAACACACCAUUUUGUUUGCUACACACCUUUCCUUAACUUCACCAAGAUAUGAUAAGCCGAGCGCUGGGCCCGGAGUUUGGCGGCAGUAUUGGGAUCAUGUUCUUCUUUGCUAAUGUGUGUGGCUGCGCUCUGUAUGUGCUGGGUCUGGUUGAAGCCAUCGUGGCCACGUUUGGAGUGCCAGAAGGUGAGUACAGUUUGAAAACAUUAGAUAGCGAUAGUAUAACGACAUACUACAUUUAAACAUAUUCUGUCAAUCUUACUUUUCACUGUUUAUUUAAAAAGUUUCCCUUUUCUUUUACCAUCACCUCCUUUGUUGACACCUGCACUUGGACCUCCAUUAGAUGGGACUUUGCCCACUUCUCCCUAUCAGGUCCUGCCAUCUGGCUACUGGUGGUCUCUGCUCUACGGCACAGCUGUCGCCCUGCUGUGCCUGCUGGUGUGCCUGGUGGGGGCCCACAUCUACGCCAAGGCCACCUUCCUGAUCUUCCUGGUUGUCAUGUUUGUCCUGGUCACCAUCUUUGUCAGCUUCUUUGCUGUAGGACCUCGAACUGUCACCCUUCCUGGCUCCGCCGCCUUCAAUGGAACUGACUUUCCCACUACAGCCAACUUCACAGGCUUCAAGCUGGACACUCUGCUCGGGAACCUAAACGGUAAGAGGGGUGAGGUUGGUGUUGGUGUCACAUCCAGAUGCCAUAAGCUGCUAUUUGUUCAUGUAUUAGUAAACCACUAUAGCACCAUCAGAAUAACAAAGCAGCAGGUCUUUUCCAUGUGAUGCAGCUUUCAGGUGGUCUGUGUUUCGCCACUUGAUCUGUUUUAGAAAUUUUCAGAAAGCAGUUCAUGAGAUGUUGAAAUCAGGCCAGCAGCAGACUCGUAGACUGGAUUAAUUGCAUGUGUGCAUGUAGGUCAGCAGCAGGAUUAUUUGGUAAUGAUAUGUUCUGUAAAUUGAAUUAAUUUCCAAUCUUUGGUUUUGACUUAGUUUGGCCCCCAGUUAAGCUGACACACGGCUCCAGGCGCUGUGUUGUAAAGUUUUAAGUGGGAUUGGAAAUGCAGUGAGCUAAGUCUGUUGAUUCAUGGUUUUGUAAUAGAGUACGGACGCAAGAGUUGACAGAUUUCACCGUUUUAGGUUCAUAGUUUUUAUACUUAAUUGUUGCUUAAUGAAAAAUCUGCGAGUGUAGUACAUCUAAUCUACUGUGAACAAUCAUAUUUCAGUAAAUCACAUACAUUGUCAAAUUUUUUUGGGUUAUUGAACUAAACAUUCGCUCUUUGUGCUCAGUAGGGGUGGGAAUCACCAGUGACGCCACGAUACAAUAUUUUCAGGAUACUUCAGACAUGAUACAAUAUUAUUGCGAUUUUUAAUAUUUUGCAACAUAUAUAUAUUUGUUGUACUAACUUUCUCCUGCUCUAUGAUGUCACCUCUACCAACUUCACUGGACAAACAGUUGAUUUUAUUUUUCCAUUAUCAUAGAUUUGACUUCAUAUUAACAAUUAAUUUGAAAAAUUGAUACUUGGUCAAUGAGAUGAUAUGAUAUAUCACCAGAUAAAAUAUCGCAAUACUAUGCUGUAUCGAUUUUUUCUCCCACCCCCUAGUGCUAAGCUGCUACAUGGAAGUGUUGGCUCAUAUUUAUUCUUCAGAAUUGCUCACGCAAGCAAUCGCAAAACAUUAUGGCAAAAAGAAAGCAUACCUUGCAAAUUACAUCGUGUAUGGGUGAAGAACCGGGGCUCUUCUUCUGAGAGGAGUGCUUUACCUCUUUGGGUGCUCUCUUCUAGGUGUUGUAUCCUCUCUGGAUUUUGAUGUCCCUGGUAAUCUUACCAGUCACUGCUCUCUGUUUGUCAGGAAUUUUUUCCCAAGCACAUGAUCCCUGAGUUAGCUGGUCUAACUGGGGCAUGUAUGCAGUCACAUGUGACAGCUAUUAUACUGUCAAGCUUUCACAAAUCGCAAGAUCAGACUGAAUGGGACACAACCACUCAGAGACGAGUAAUAUGAUCAUUUUAUAUUUUAAUUUUUCUUCACUUACUGCUGCUUUAUAUUUCAGUCCGGUGCACAGGGUACAUGUUAGUCAGGCUCUGUGAUUAUAGUUUCUAAACGCACCAAACUAGACGUUCAAGGGAGAAAAACAACUUUUCUUCUUCUCUGGUUGUUUUUGUUGUUUGCAAAUUGAAACUAUUUCGGUCGUUUGUGUUUGUAGAAACUCUGCUGUGUCACAAUAUUUUUUUAUUAUCAGACACAAAAAGAACACAAAGUUAUCUAGUCAAGGUCAAAGUGUUUGGAAGCACCAAUCAUAAGUCUCAUUGUAGCAAAGGUGGAUCUUUCAAGUGAAAGAAAAAACACAGGAAAGUAAUCUUGAUCUGUUAUAAGCCUUGUUUAUUUAGAUAAGGAAUCUCAGCGAGGAGACACAGGAAGGUUUGUUUGGAAAUCCCAGAACACCACUUAACUUCUGGAACAUAAUCCCGGCUGUCAGGAGCACCCUCCCUCCGUCACUGGAGGUGCAGAUGGAGCUUAAGCUGUGUACCAACACUUGAAUGGACAGAAUCCCAUUUUCCUCCCCAAAGUCGCCUGAUUAAGUACACACAGUACAAACUGAUUGUUUUAUUAGCCGGACUUUGAACUUGACUUUUAAAAUACACUUUUAGAGGUGUUCCUCUGUUGCUGCUCUAACCAGUCAGAUUGUUUAUGCUGUUACACCCGGGUGUGAAAUUGUUGAACACACGAUUCCAAAAGCUCAAAGGGAUACUCCGGCAAAAAUUUAAUUGUAGUCAAGACACCCUCUCUCUCUCUCUCGAGAUGAAUGUUGCCAACCGCUUGCCUCUCUAGUUAUACCAACUUUAGUAAAAACUGCAUGAUAGCAAUACACAGCAGUCUAUGUCUCAACGCGCAAACCUCAACCAAAAAGCCACUCUAUAGCCACAAAUAAUGCUCAGAACAGCACCUAACUUCAUCAACAGUACAUUUAGGGUCCCAGCCAUAGUACUAGCCACCAAACAUCUUUUUAGCUUUGCCUGAUUUCUUUAGCAAAGAGACUAAACACAACUCACCUACUCUCUUCCAGCAGCUGCUUGUUUGUGGGGGAGCCCUGACGAGUCAAUCACCAAGUACAGCGGAGUUCUGCAGCUCAAGGAAGAAAAUUUAUGAUCAUUGCUUUGUAGAAAUGCAGUCAGACCGAGAUGUCAAGGCAGACUAACUACCAUGUCUGCAGUGCAAAAUUGUUAUGAUGAUGAUAAUAACUUAAAGGAAAUGAUGAAGUAAUGAUCAUAAAUGUUCUUUCUUGAGCUAGGUAACCCUGUCGUACUUGGUAAUGGAGCUCUACCUACAAACAAGUGGCUGCUGGAAGAGAGUGGAUGAGUUGUGUUUAGUCUCUUUGCUAAAGAAAUCAGGCAAAGCUAAAAAGAUGUUUGGUGGCUAGUACUAUGGCUGGGACCCUAUAUGUACUGUUGAAGUUAGGUGCUGUUCUGAGCAUUAUUUGUGGCUAUAGAGUGGCAUUUUGGUUGCGGUUUGCAUGUGGAGAUGUAGACCGCUGUGUAUUGCUAUCAUGCGAUCAUUACUUAAGUUGGUGUAAGUAGAGAAGCAAGCAGUCGUCAACAUUCAUCUCUCGAGGGGGGGUCUAAUUCAGUGUUAUGGUGUGUUUGACUCUAACUUGAUUUUACGCUGGAAUACCCCUUUAAGAAAGGUCAAGACAGCAGUGGACAACCAGCUGUUAAUGUCAGUGGAGUCAGGUGGAUUUGACACAAUCAGUGGUUUACUCAUUGGAGCUGCUGUGUAGAACUUUUGAGUGUGUUGGUUUUGGCGCCCUCUAUAGGCAUAUCUGCACCUCUUACCUGGUUUUUGAUCUUGUCCUGUCUUGCUGUUUUUUUUUUACCUGUGCCACUUUGUGCCAAGGUUUGUUCUGAUGACACAUUCACUAACAAAACAUGUCAAAUAAGGAACAAAAUCACAGAAAUGAUCCUUUAGAUAACUUAGAUAAGAUUAGUGUUUAUGUAGCUUCUGCUCUGUAGACAGAAGUCGGGGUGUAAAAAGAGUUUUUUUGUUUAAAAAAAGCUGUCAAGCAUGUUGAAGUUUGCAGGCGAGCAGGUACAGGUGAAGAUUGUCUGCCAACAAACUUAAAUGAACUUUUCUGUUUGAGGAGCAAUGAUGCUGAAAAUACACACAACAACAGUGACUUAUCUGCUGUAAUCUCUUCCUACAGCCGACUACACAGUGGAUUACACAACAGGAAAUAUGAUGACCUUUGCCACUGUCUUUGCUGUAAUGUUUAAUGGCUGCACCGGAAUCAUGGCUGGAUCCAACAUGUCAGGUGGGUGAAGGCAUUUAUCAGUGUGUGUGUGUGUGUGUGUGUGUGUAUGUGUGUGUGUGUGCGUGUGUUUGUGUGUAUGUGUGUGUGUGUGGGAGAGAGAGAGAGAGAGAGAUUGAAAACUUUUUUUUGGACACACAGUAAAUCUAUCUUUCUACUAGGUGAACUGAAGAAUCCCAGCUACUCCAUUCCCCGUGGCACCAUUACAGCCGUCAUCUUCACCUUCAUCACCUAUAACCUGCUCAGCGUACUGGUUGCCUGCUCCUGUGACCGGUCAGUCUCACACAAACACAGAUGCUCCUGCAAAAGUGCAUUUCACCUCAUAUUCAAGUGUGAAACAACCCCAAACCUGCAAAGUUGGCAAGCUAUGUAAAAUCUUGAUCAGGCGUCAUAUGUUGUUCUAAAACCUGUAAAUAUUGUUCAGCAUUAUUUGAGCCUUAACUAGGAUGUUAGCCUGUUCAGUUUUACCCUGCAUUUGUGGCGAACUGUGCUCACUGAUGAUUUUUAGCCCAUGCAUUGACUUCCACUGCAGAGUCAUUUUUGUCAGAGUGUGUUUUUAAUGCAGUGCUACCUGAGGGCUCACAGGUUGUAGUCACCCAGUAGUAGGGUACUAUCCCUGCAGUACUAUCGCUGCAGGAUUUUGGCCAAAAUUAAAAUCCCAAUUUUUUUCUCUAAAAACUUGAUUUUCGAUUUUGUUUUUCUUUAUUCAGUGACAACUUCACCAAACUUCCCUUUAAUAAUAAGUUUUUCUAUCAUCUUUCAAAAUUAAACCACUGAAAACGAUGCAGUGCAUAUGCCAAGCCAGUAAGUGGUGCUGUAAUGCUGUCAAGGAAAUGCACAAAAGACAGAAGAAGAGUACAGAGCAUGUGUAUAAAGGUUGUUUCGACCGGACACGCACAGGUGCCGUGAAAGUGGUGUGUCACGUGAUUGUUUUGAGAGGUGCAGAUAGGCAUCCACACGGAGACUAAAUGGCAGUCAUUUAUGGAUUAAUGCACUCUCUGACUCAUUUUCAAAAGUAUCUUUUAAAAACACCUGAAACACCAUUUCUGUGUGGAUGAAAAAAAAAAAAAAAAAUUCAUUUACUCCUGAAUUCAUUUUCGUGUGGACGCGUUAAUACCACCUUCAGACAGACUUUGCAGCAGGGAGUGGUUUGUUCUUCAUCAAAAACUGUGAAGCCGUACCAAUUCCACACGACUGGCUUGCUCUCGCCAUAUUUAGCCACAAAAUUAUCACCUUAUUUUGCAAAGGCCACGUUUGUUUGCACUGGUGUGAACAGGACCUGGGGAGCACUCCUGCAGGAACGGGGAGCCUACGGUGGCCUGGAGGUGCGAGACAUGAUAGAGAGGAAAAUGGAUUUGACGAUUUCAAUUUUUUUAACAUCGUCAGAAUCAAACACUCUGAUUACCAUUUAAAAUUGAUUAAUCGUGCAGCCCUACCCUGUACUUCUGGGAACACUCAGGAACGUUAUUUGAACUAUCUACUCUCACAGAGUGAAGAAUUUCUUUUCAUCUCUACUUCUGCUGACUUAGUCUCUAUAUAUUUUUCAUAAACAAUGUUUUCCAGCUCCAACAUUGACUUGUCUUUGCAACAUUUAAAUAAAUAUAGUCUAAAAAUGAUUUUCAAAGCGUCACAAAAUCAUCAACAUUACACACAGCAUCCCAACUCAUGUGAAAUUAGAUUUCUACUUGCAAACAAAAAGCAAGUGGAGGAUGCACCAUUGACCAUCAAUCUACACUGAUCCAAACAAGGUAAUUAAACCUUAGUGUUGAUAAGAGAGUGCAGUGCUGCAGUAUUAGAUACAGGAGAUGAAAUCCAAUUCUUAGUGACUAUCAGAUAAUGCAGACAGGGUUCAUUUUCUGCUUCACCAAUCCUGACUGAGGCGUCACUGAAGGCCAGUUUUAAAAUCACCUCUCCUGGUUGUGAAUGAAAUCCAACACCAGCUGUCAGAUAAUCCAUAUAGACAUACAAAUCUGUGAAAAGUGACUAGUAUAACUUAAUAAUUAGAAUUAUAAGAGUCUGUAUCUUGAGCAGGAUAACUUUGUAAUAUGUUAUAUAGACAGAUAGUUAAUUCCCCAUUUACAGAUCCAGCUACUAGAAAUGAGAUUAAAGGCUGAUUAAAAAGGACCUACUCCACUUCUCAGACCGGCUUAGAUUGUAAGACUUUGUUACACUCAUUGAGUUUAAGCUUGCAUUUUACACGAGUAGAGAGAGAGAGUCAAACUGAGAAAAACUACACGCAAAUGGCGCUGUCUUUGCUAAAUCUUCUUGUUGCUCAGUCGGUAAAAAGUGUCCAUUUUACAAAAUUUCCAAAGGUGCAUUAAAAUAGAUGUUAAACAGACACUACUCCCCUGAGCCUGUAAGAAAUGUGUAGAGGGUACCACCAUUGUUCUGCUAAGUGAAUGAGGCCACAGCCACAGAGUUGAAACAGUGGGAGUAACGCAGAAUUUUUAAAGGGAGUUUUGAAUCAGUCACUGAACUCUAACUGUUCAUAUAAGACCAGGAAGAGCAUAAAGGUAUAAAAAUGUUUGAUUCAGUGCAGUUUCUUGAUUCCAGGUCUUGGUUCGGUACAUUCUUGUGCAGUUAGGGGGACAGUAUGUAUGUCAAAUGAUGAAACACCACCAUUUUUAUAUCUCUGUCUUGUUUGUUGGGAAAUUUUGGACUUUUUACAUAAUUUAUUCAUCUGUCAGGGUUUUGUUUCCUAAAAACGCAUCCGUGUUCAACCUUGGUUGUGAAGAAACUGGGGCAUAACCAGAAUACUUAGGCUAGUUUCAGUUUGACUGAGGCGUGCUAACAUGUUUACCUGAUAGUUAAUGGUCCAAUUUCUGUAACAGAAAACUUCAAAAUAAAGUAUUAAAUAAGAAAACAAAAACAAAUCCAGUUUCAGUUGGACUACUGUAAUGGUCAGACUGCAUGUAAAUGCACUGACUGUUUUAGACAAGACAGGUAUCAGGUGCUGUGUGUAUGUUGUGCUGCUGUUUUCCAGUCCAUUAAGGGACAGUGGAUUUGAAUUACAUCUACACUGAAUAUAAAGUGCAUUACUGAAACAGUUUGGUUCAAAUACAUGUCCCUUCACUUCCCUGAAGACCUCAUACAGGAACAAAUGCCUUAUUUAGAAAGUUCAAUGUACUUGAAUCCCCGUUAACCACAGGGGUCAUAUUCAAGCUCGCUCUCAUUCUCAUCAAGGGUCAAUAUUUGCUCCUAAAUUCUUUGCGGGAAAUGGGAGCUUUCUUGGCUAAUUUCCCAGAGAAUGAUUAAGCUAUUAAAAAUCAGAUUAAAGUUAUGAAGCCAAUAUGAAAGGGAUCAGAUUAUGGCGCAAUCUGAGUUUAGUCUGGCAUACAUGACUGCCCUUUGAGCUGGGGAUUAGAGAUGGCAAAUGAAAAAAAAACAAACUGUGUGGGAAUGAAAUUUCUUUUUCACAAAAUAAGACAGAAGUAACUGACCCAUUUGGUAAAUAUUUGGCAUGUUUGCACAGAGUAGCUAGUUUUGGGAAACCGAGUAACAGAUGUCACAAUAGCAAAAGGGUAAGUGCUCAAGCUUCAUGUGGACAGCUGAUACGCUGAACUUUUUUUUUUUUUGUUAUGCUGGUUGUUCUUGUGGUUUAGAGAAACUAGAUCAAACAAAAGUAGCUGUUCAACCUGAACCUGUCAUCCUCAGAACAGAAAAUGAAGUAAGAGAGCUGAACCACAGUUUGAAAACAGACUAGAUGAUCCUGUGUUAAGAUGUGUGGAAGAAAUUACGCUAAUUUCUAAGUGUUUUUAGUGUAUUUCCUCAGUUUAAAACCAGUUUGUCCAUCACAAGUCAUAAAGGGAUACCUGAGGUAGGUUUUCUAUACUACACUAGGGUGAAAAGAUCUCAUAUGAGGGCAUGUAAACAGUCCGAUGAGUCAACAACCUGAAAAAUAUUAGAAACAGUGCUGCUGUCUGGAGAAGUGGAUCUCACAGAUUCAUUCUGGAGUUUGUUGCUGCCCUUACUCACAGAAAACACUCAGCUAUGCUCUAAACAGCAUUAAGCACAACAAUGUCAACAAGAGCAAUGGCCCAAAAAUUGACCUUUAGAAACUUUUAAAAGUACUUCUGUUCCGUCUUUAAUUAAGCACUAACAUGCAGCUAACUAGCUAUUAAAGAUCACUGAGUCUGUGUCUUCACUGCACGUGGCUCUAGAGGUUUGAAGAUCUUAACCUUGAUGUGUAGUUGUCUUUAAUUUAUUUAUUUCAUCUCCCUCCACCUUUCUUUCUCUCCAUCUGUCUCUUUCUAUCCAUCUAAGCCUAGUGCCAGAGUUCAGUAUUGAUGCAGCUCUAAAGCGAGUGUUGCCAAGGUGCUAAACUGACAUGACAGGGCUAUAAAAGAGCAUUGGAGAUCAAUACUGCUAUCAUUUACCCUGCCACACCAUCCUCCCGGAGUCUGCAGAGGCUCUACUCCAAUUUUUUCCCCAGAAUAACUCAAAAUAUCUGGACUGAAUUUUGGUGUGUGUUCAAAUGGAUUUUUUAUUAUGCAACAAAUGACUCAUACAGAAUACGCAGCUGAAGUCAGGCACCGGCGUGAAAGUCUGAGACAGAGAGAGUGUUUUAAAGUAGGACUGUGUCACAACUGAGGCCCCGACUCACAUGACCCAAGAAAGAGGCCAGAGGGGUCUCUCACAUGACCUGUGUGUGUGUGUGUGUCUGUGGGGGUGUGAAAAGAUUGGAGAGUGUCUUAGUUUAUGUGAAUUAUAAGAAAUUAUCUUUUGACUUAAAGCUCCAGUGUGUGGCAGUGAUCAGACUCUGUAGAAAUAGAUUCAAGUAUGUUUAAAUGAAUGUAUUAUUGCCUGAAAAUAGAAAUCUAUUUGUCCUCGCUAACCCUGGGUGAGCCAUAUAAAUCCACAUGGGAGCAAAUCCUAUGCUUGUACUCUUACAUCGCCACAUUUCUAUGGCAGUGCAGAAUAGACAUACUAGUAACAGUCGUGUUUUUGUACAGUGAGCUACAUCAGCUGGUAAACUAAGAAGAAGAAGAAGAAGAAGAAGAAGAAGAAGAAGGUGGUUUAAUUGUGAGCUUAAGAACAAGUAUUCAAUAUUUCUGAUUGUAAACACUUGGAGGGGCAUGCUUACAAUGUCUCACAGAUGUUUUUUGUCCUUGAAGGUAGGGCUGGGCGAUAAACUGAAAAUUUACUGAUACCAAAAUUUUUUACAAUAACCAACGUCAUUUGCCAAUGUCAAUAUAUUUGGUGUCAAAAAAAAUAAAUAAAUGAAAGUUGGUUUUGGUUGUGUGUAGGACGCUGUCCUACGUUAGAGACGUGACUCCACCCCAUCCAGUCUGUAACAAAGAGAGAAAGACAGGUGAGGAGAUGAAGCAUGGUUCAAAAGUUGUAGUGGCUGGAGCGGUGGCUGAAGUAGACAAAGUUAAUGUGGAAGGGGGUGAGGUGAACUGCUCGAUAUAUCGUGAGUUGAUUUGAGGCCAUAUUGCCCAGCCCUACUUGAAGGCCGCUAUCACUUCACCUGGAGAGGCAAGCAAGGGAGCGUUUUAAUCUAAAAUCUGACAGCUAGAUAUCACCAAUUAUUCCUGUUAUCACAAACUGCACUUUUGGUUAAAAAACAAAAUAUUAUGUCAGCUGUACAAUUACACACUGAUUUUUUUAAAACCUGACCAUCAGGAUAGAUGCUAGUGUUUCUACACACUAGCUCCACAAAGACCACAAAGCCACUAAAAUUGGUGACAAACUACACUUUCAGUUUCCUGCAUUUAAAAGACAGAUACAAAAAUGUGUUAAGUAAUGAUGUUUAGUGAUCAGGUGGUUAGAAUCAAAGCUGGGUAAGCAGAUCCCAGUGCAAAGCUCACCCAUUUGUAGUCCAGCUUGCAGCUACACUCAGAAAAAUGAAUCAUGGCAUAGUUUAUUGUUAUUAAGUAUUUACAUCUAUUUGAUUUUAUUCAAAUUGUUUCAUUUCUUUACAAUUUACUUAUUCAAAUGUCUUCAGUUAAAAUAUAUAAAUAUACUGUAGGUUAUAUAUGAUGAGCUGUGGAUCAACCAAGAUUUGUAUAGUUAAAAUUUAUGAGACCGAAACAAAUAGGAGUUAUCAAUGAUGAGUACAUAAAUCUUCAUUAUUUAUUCGAAACAUGUUGGGUUUAUUUGUAUUAUUACGUAAAUAUAAUUAUUAAUUGUUUCAUUUACAUUUGGCUGACAAACACGCAGCACAUAAAGUAUAUUGGCCUGUUUUUGUUAAAUCUAAAUAAUUCUAAUGGCUGGAAAUUUUGUAUGCAAUGAGGCCUAAAUCUUUCUGUGAGUGUAGGGACACAAACAAGCUGACACUAAGUACUGAUCUAAAGAUGAUUGCAUUGAUUUGAUUUUUUUGUUUUUGUUUUUUUAUGCAGCUGAAAGCAUGGCCCCUGAAUUUUGAUUGUCAUCUGUUUCCUGCUGAUUACUGGUCACCUGUCAACCACCAAACUCCAGUUUUGUGCUCUAGAUAAAUUCAGGGUCUCUUAAAACAUCGUCUCCUUUUUGCUUGGCACUGCUACUCAGAAUUAAACAUUACUAUAGGGUUUUGAUCAAUCAGAAUCAAGUAUUUAACACAGCAGGUUAAUAUAUAAGAAAACUGAGUAGCACAAUAAGGACUCUUGAGUUGUUUUGUGUAACAUAUGGUUCUGUUAAAAAUGUUACAGCUCAUGCAGUGGCCCGUUUUAUGGCUUAUAGUGCUAAACAAAGUCCAUUUACAAGUUUGGCCUAUAUUUCAGAACACCAAUGAUAUCAAGUUUGUAAUCCACUGUAGAGGCAAACACUUGCCACAGAUUCAGCCCUGUCAAAUAACUCAGGGGAGGUUUUAAAGUCCAUUAAGUUCAGGCACACAAAAAAGCAGCUGCUGCCCCCUUUGUAGCCUUGUGGAAGUGUUUGUGUUUUGCUUUAUGCCUGGCAGCAGUCACACUUUCUCCCACAGAAAAAUCAAUUGGAAGCAGGUUAGCGGAGACUUUCAGUCACUAAUCUGGACACAUGAUCCUUCAGGUCCCUGUAUAUGUCUAAACUGUGUUCCUGGGCUGGUGUUGUCACGGGCGCAUGAAGAUCUCUUUUAAGUUUAUCUGGGAGGUUUGCCUUCUUUUGGAACAUUUAUGUCCUCGAUAUCUGCCGCCACAUGUGGCAUCAAGUGUGUGAGUGAAAAAAACAGAGAGGAAGGGCUUUUGCAAAUAAAGAGAAGUAGUCAAAGGACACCGUGACUCACAAUAGAGACACUCCCUUUUAAAUGGGCAGCAGGGUAAAUGGGAGCAGAGGGGUGGAGAAGAAAGGGAAACAUUUAGUUCCUCAAAGCAGUGCUGAAUAUUUGAUUCUGUUGCACAGGAGAAAAUCUUUGGUGUAAAACCCAGUUUAUUGGUUUCAUGCUCAGGACAUAUCUCCCUGCCUUAUCUUUACUUAGCCUGAGGUCAUUUGGUUUAUUGUGGCUGACCAGAAUUGAUCUAAUCUGUGUGUGUCAUUACAGGGAAAACAUGUGAUAACUUCUCUGAAACUUCAGAUAGUGUUUCCUUAUUUGGCUCGUUUCCCUUGAUUUCUAUAUUUACAUUUUUCCUCUGGUUUAGUCUUCAAGUUCAGGUUGUUAAAAGGAGAGAAGAAAUUGAAAUAAGAGUUCACUGUCUUGAUAGAGCGUUGUAUUUCUUGAGUGUGUUUCUUAAGGUACCUAAAGACAUGAAUAAAUCUCACCAUGUGAUGAUAUCUCUCCUGCGUUGAAAUGCCUGGAAUUUACUGCCCUCAUUUCCUCAGACUGACACAAUAGGUGCAUUGUUCUGUGGUAAAGGUAACAAUAAUUGAUAACUUACUUCUCAUAAUGCACCCAUUGGCUGGCCAGCAGCCCCUAUCAGGAGAUGAUAAGUGGCCUUGUGGUAAAAGCGACAGGGCCCAUUGGUGAACAAUCUAUUUUAAUAUCCAGCUUUCAUUAUUUUGAAUGUAUUACCUGUUUGUACGCAGACUGCUGCAGUGUGUUUCAUCUUCUGCUUUCAGGCAGACAUUUCUAUUCAAAGCUGUUUCUGCUACAUUAAGUGGGCUGAGCCUGAGAAAAAAAAAAUAUUAUCAACAGCACCUAAAGUGCAUCAUAAAGCAUUAUUGAUUUUCUGUGAAGAAAUUAGAGGUAGACUGAAAUUUAUCACAGGACAGGAAUUUAACUUACAUCCAUUAACUGAUUGCAAAUUGCUUUGGAAAUAGAGAAAGUUUUGGCCAUUUGUUAUGAGUACAAGAUACUAAACUUAUCCAGAGAGAGCAUUUUGUGGCACACACACACACACACACACACACACACACACACACACACACACACACACACACACACACACACACACACACACACACACACACACACACUUUGAAAAUAAAGAUGAAAAUAAAUAAGGAAUUAAAUAUGAAAUAAAAUUAUUAUCUGAUAGUGCUCAGAGAGAGGGACCUUAAACUUCAAAUACAGGUAGGUCUUUAAUUUGUUCUUCUUACCUUAAGUACCAGGCCUUUAUAUGGAGCAGCCUUUUAUUAGAGGCAGGCCUUUAUAUCAAAUCUGUCUCUGAGAAUGACAACUGUUCAUAUGUCAUACUAAGUUAGGGUCUUAUUCACUAACUUGAGACCUUACAUUACUUACAAAGCACCAAGGGUUGAAUGCCCCUGUGUGCCAGUGAUGUUAGCAUCAAUGUAGAUGUCUUCAUUUAGAGCAAAUUACACCUGUGUUUGGGCAAAUUAAGUUUAAGUUGUCGUAAACAUGCUGACAGCUGUAAUCAAAAAAAGCGACAAACAGUACAGAGAUGACCUGUGAUGUUGUUCUCCACUAAUCAGGUGUGGUUACAGCCUAAUUGUUCAGGAUGUAAAGACAGUGGUGGGUGACUAUUGUGAUCAAGUUGUUUUCUACAUUUCUGUAUUCCAUAUCAGAAAUAUGAAUCUGUCCUGAUGAGUAAUUGAAUUCCAGCCUUUAAUCACUCUUCAAGCUCAUGGUCUCAGUUCUUCUUUGGAUCCUGGCUGCAGAUUAAGUACUGUUUCUUCAUUGAGGAUUUACAGUGUUUCUGUGUGAAGUCUAAUGAUUGAACAAAACCUUAAUCUGACUAACAUUUUGCUGGCAGUCUCACAGGAGGAGUUCGAGCUGUAAUCAACAAAAACUGUGCAGAGCUGGAAAAAAAAAUCCUGAUGAAGAAAUUUCAACUAAAGCAAUGAUGUAUCAUGACACAGUAAUUUGAGUGACACCGGAGUCUAACUGAUCAAAUAUUUAGAGGAACUUAUUGGUGGUAUAGUGGAAGAGCACAUGCAUAUAUAAUUCAAGCAUUACUCUAAAUUGACUUGAAGCUUGUGUUUAAUAUGCCUACAGGAAAUGUUGGUUGACAUUAGUUGGUUGGUUUAAAUUGACAAAUGAUGUAAGUGUAUGUUAUGUAUACUCCUGUGAGUUAUAAAAAGCUUUCCUUACAGUACUGCAGGUGCAAUAGGAGAGUUAAAUCCAUGUUGCAGUUGCACAAGUUGUCCAAAAGGUGGCAGUCCUGCUUUCUUUUCAGCCUAGCCAUGCUCCAUUUAACGGGAAGAUUUAGAGUGACAAACUAACCUUUACAUAAGGCUCCUCUAAAUUGCCACCCUCUGCAAAUUGCAGUUCUGCAUCACAGCUUUAAAAGGCAAAGUGGUUAGGUUUGUGUUUAAAAGUGAAUGUCAGGGAAGUGGGAGAGCAACCAUUGAAAAUGAUUGUUCUGCAUGGUGAGGGCACCUCUUUACAGCUGCCUACCUGUGUCAGUUUGUGUGUGUGUGUGUGCGUGUGUGUGUAUCUCAUAGGAUCAGUGCUCUUACUCAGGUGUGAGCGGGGGGGUAGAAGGGGAUUGUUAGAGUGUGCUCAUUAUAAAGAGGUCAUUUAACCCAGGGUUGACAGUCAGCUCAGAUCAGCUUUUUACCAUACCUCAGCAGCUGGAGUUCCUAUGUGGAGAUCCCAGUGGUCAUAGGAUUCCUGGAAUUUCAUGGUACAUUAAUAAGCCAGCGCCAAGAAGGAGUACAGUAGGCCAUGCAGUGCUUAAACAAACUCUGAGACAAAUGCAACAAAUUUCACAGUAUAAGGUUUUUAAAGUUUUCCUCAUAUCAGAAUUGUCUUCCGCUAUCACAUCUGGCCAUUUUCCUGCUCUUGACAGCUAUAUGAACUUACAUUUUACUAAAUAAGAAUGCAAAAAUGAUGAAUUACAAAUAUCUUAGCAGCUUUCCAGUGUUCUUUGCUGUGAAUAAACACAUUUCAGCAGAAACAUUGAAUCAUUUUAUCCACUCUAGCUGCAUGAUUGUCUGUAGACUGACUCUGCAGAGGUGGCUUCAAGCAGAAGCCACCUCUGCAAGUAAGUAAACAGGAUUCAGCAAACUGAAAAUGUAAUGUCCUUAUAUGACACAAAAAGUUCAGAGAUUUAAAUUACACAUGAAUUCAAAUCAAGAAACGUAUCUUCAUUGUGGAAAUCCUGCUUCGCUGUGGGAGCCCUGCGACCGUGAGACAGACUUAUCAGAUCCACUGACAGCACUGACUGUUUUUUUAAGCACAUUUUCUGCUUCACAGCUAUUAGCACCCCAGCACAAAUGGAGCUCAUUUGGAUGUAAGAGCCGUACAAUUGGCUCCCAGGUCACUGUUAAUAGAGCAGCCUCAUAUUUUGCCUGUUUUGAGAUCAUCCCUGAUGAUAUGCAACUGUGGCCGCUGAUGACGGCGAUGAAGGCUCAAGGGAUGUGAGAUAGAAGCGGGGAAUCUAUUAACCCCGUGUGACCAGCUGGCCAACCAUGACAGAUUGCCCUGUCUCUACUUUAUCAAGGCUUUUUUUUCCCCAGCAUUUGUGUGUGUGCGUGUGUGUGUGCAUGUGUGUGUGUGUGUGUGUGUGUGUGUGUGUGUGUGUGUGUGUGUGUGUGUGUGUGUGAGAGAGUGUUUGUGUGUGUGUGUGGGGGGGAUCAGGAACUUUUAUCUACUCUGAAAGCAUCAGAGUGAGCUUGACGACUCAUCUGGUUGCACCUCCGUUUUUAUUAUUGAACUGGUUUCAUGGCUGACUGUUAACUAACUGGUUCAGCGCGUAGGGUUCUCUGUCUAUGCCUGACUGACUCCAGUGUGUGUGUGUGUGUGUGUGUGUGUGUGUGUGAGUUCACACUCAGUGUCCCUCUUCACUGUGCGUCAGUGACCUGUGGGCUAAUCCACCCUGUGCUGUAGAAGCUUUGUAUUAAUAACUGACUUGAUAAUUAUAUUAAUUCAAAUCUGCUGGGCUUUCUUUUGUUGUGCUAUCUCUGACAUGCAGCCUUGUGAAUGGGUGUGCAACCCCCCCCCCCCCCCCCUCCAUCCCCAAAGUGUCUCUGUCUCUCAUCAUCUCUCCUCUAUACACUCACAAACUGCGUCUAAAUCCUCACACUUUUCUGGAAAAGUCACAGCACUCUUCCUUUUUUACCGUCAUACAAAACAAUAGUUUUUUCUGCUGUCUUCAUGCCUCUUGUCUUUUCACCCACGCUCUGUCUAUUUUUAGUCCACUCCUUUCUUAUUCCAUAUUUUGUCCUUUUUCUGCCUUUACUCAGGCUGCCUUUCAGUAACAUACUUUUGCUCACUUUUGUACUCAUUCAAUAGUUUCUACCAGCCCCUAUAUGUCUGCGGGAUCUUCUUCCAAAACUCUGACAAUUUUCCUCAGUAGCUCAAGGCCCUUCACACUUGGAAACUCCUUUAAAACUCUGUAUAGUUUUUUUUUUUCUUUUUGUAAUCUUGCCUGUUUUUUCAGGAAAUAAGAGAAAUGCAGUUAUAGUUAGAUUUGAAUCAUCACUUCUAUUUAAAAACCAUAGCCUGUGCAGUCAAACUUAACAAGGAUACAGAGUCAUACACGUUAUAUAGAGAAGCAGCGAUGACAAGUCCUGACCACAUCACUGGUAAUGGCAGUGUAUGUGUGGGUGGCUUUGUACUGUGCUUGAGUUGAAGGACCUCUUUGUCACUUGCAUCUGCCUAUAAUUAACAGAAAAAUAUUCACUUAGCUGGUGUGUGAUAUGAUGCACAAUCCACAAACACAUUCGUAUGAGCUGCUUAGCUUUGUCUGAUUUUGUUUUGUCUCUGUUUUGUACCCUGAGAGGCUUUGCUGCUGCUCUCCCUGCCUGGGCUUUUCAAGUAUGGAGAUGAAGGAGAGAGAUGAAGGAUCCUACCUGGUGAUUUGAACUGAUUUUAUGUGUUUCACUUUUAGUCAUUUAAAAAACAGGUCAAAGAGAAAAAGACUCAACAGUAAAGUUUACCUUUUCCCUCUUUAUGUCCAGAAGUAAACUGUUUUAGUGCAGAUGUGUAGCUCCUUCUAGCACCAUCUACUGUAGCCGCCUGGCAAAAUUUUGAAAUCCUUUUCUAAUUCCACUCUGCUCUAUCAAAACUGUAGAGAAGCAGAAAAAGGUUUAUGAAUGCAUUAAAUCAGGUCAAACCUUUGGUGUCAUUUCCUUACUCCAGAGGUGAAAAGGAAUAUCCAAGAUUAACCCUUUUUCACCACACACCCUGCUGUCAUCCCUUUUAGUUUUAACACCAUUUCCUCCGGCUUUCUCCUCCAGACUGUUUCUAUUGUUAGGCAACAAGUCCAGCAUCCUUUCUCCCUUCAUCCUCACCUCCUCCCCUACUCCCUCCCUCUCUCUGAGUACUAUCAUCCCACAGCAGCAUUCUUGGCUUCCCUCUCUCCUUUCUCCUUCCUCGCCUUGUCCAUCAUUCAUCCGUCCAUCAGCUCAGCCAUGUUCCCUCCUUUUGUUAUUCAUCCCCUAUCUCUCCACAGCAGAGAUUCUAGUCACUCUAAAGCCGUCAUUUUUUUUUCUUUUUCACUGCUGCCCUGUAUGUUUUUGAAAGGAGAGGUGCGGGUAACAAUGGCAGCAGUGCAGGCCAAGUCUCCGACAACAUGUCCUCACUGGUGACAGGGAGGUUUAGAUAUCAGGCUUUUUAUAUAAAGCCGCUUGGCAGGCUCUUGGUGUUGUCCCUGAAAGAUAUGAGGCAGUUUAUUAUAAAUGAUGAAUACAACACCUGUCGGCUGUGGGGAGCUUUCAACUUGUAUUCUAAUUCAAUUUUUUUGGUAUCAGAUUUAAUGGGUAAGGAGUGGAAGUCUUGAUGUCACACGAGGGCUGCUUGCUUUUUCCUGUCACUGCUUGUAAUCUCCUGUUAGGGAUUCAACUCUUCUAUCUUUUGUGAAAUACCUGUCUGAUUUUUAAUUUUUUUCUUUUUGAUCAGGCAGAAAAAAAUCCCCAAACUUAAACCUUUCAUGAUUUUAAGAAUUUCCAUGAUAUUUAAGGUGAGGUCUAAAUUCAGUGUUUGGCCUCAGGAAAAAUGAAUAAAAAAGAAACACACCACAAGGUCAGUUUCACCUGGUUGCCAUGGAGUUAUCAUUGAAAAGGAUGUUGAAAUUCAUUUUUUUCCCCCAAAUACUGUCCCGUCUGUGUUGACCUUUAAAGUGAUGUGUAAAUUUACAUCUUAAAAUUCCAUUACGGUUGGAAAUUUUACAUUAAGGAAGUAAAUGUAAUAAAAUUGCUGCUUUCCUGGAGAAUUGAGGCUGUUGGUUCAUACAGCCAUUAAUUUCUCUAUUAUCCAUGUUGUCCUCUAACACUUCUCGAAAGACAUUGGCUCUACUUUUGUAAGGCACACACCUCUAGAUAUGAUUUGAGAUAUGCUACAAAACAGUCGAUGCUACAGGUUUCUGGUUGUAGGGAUUUCCAGUGGCAAGGGGCAGAGCAGCUGAACGCUAUAAGCCUUGUGGUGGUCAAGCUGAGGAGCAGAAUCUUGACAUCAGUGUGGUGUUAGACUGGAAGCUAGUGAAGCUGAUAAAUAACAGAAGUGAUGUGAUUCAUAAAGUUUAAGUUUGAGGGUGGAUACAUAAGAGUUGAGAGGGAGACCAAAUAGAAAAAAUUGCAGUUAAGAGGGUAAUACACAGACUUAGUGACACUAUUGAUGCAGGUUCAGAUCAAUAGUGUGCUGUGGAGGACGACAUCCAGACUCACAGAAACUGAUGAGCAGUUUGUGCCGAUGAAAAAAUGAUCAAGUGUUGUGAAAGUGGAUUUAGUCCCAAUGAGGAAAAUCUCAAUUUUGUGACAAUUAGUUUUCAGAACAUUACAGGAGGACCAGGGUUUGACUUCCUGUGGGCAAUCAGAGGGGGAAGUGAGUAGGAGGAAAGAGGUAGGUUUGAUGCAUAUGUGGAGUUGGGUGUCAUCUGCAAAGCAAUGGAAGUGGGUGUUCUGUUUCCAAAAGAUAUGGCCAAGAUAUGGGUGAUAAAUAGAAGUGGGCCCUGGACAGAACCCUGGGGAACUCCAGCAGUGGCUGGAAAUAGCUGAGUUUUGAAAGUUGUGAGUUGAAGGUAGUGAGUUAGCAUCAAUUGUAUCAAUGCCCACUCCAACCUCAUGGUAAUAGCAGUAAUGCACAUUGUGACUGGUUUGCACUAGUCAUCAAGUACCAGAUUCAAGAAAUUGGGGAAAAUUGCCUUUUAGGAGAUGGAGUUAGGUCCUUUGCUAGACCAACUAAAAAGCACUGCUCCGGGCUAUAUUGUCAAGAUUGUCAAGAUUCUUCUGGCUCCUGUGUGGUAAUGUCUUCUCAUCAUGCCAUGAAUUCCACCUAAAAGUGAAGUGGUUCAAAAAUCAACAUGGGUCAGACCACACUGUUUAUUUCAAUAGAUUUUUAUGCUGCAGUUAUGGAUUGAAAUGUCUAUCAGAAACAACCAGGUUUGCCAGUUUUAUACAGCUUUAUCUGCAUAGACUUCAUGGUUAUUUCUGCCAGUUAUCUCCCUCAAGGGUAACAGUUGUUGUCAGCGUGAUGUUACAGCGAUUUCUUUGAUUUGUUUCUGUUUUGUUUCUCUGGAGCCCUUGACUUUCAAAAGCCCAAAUGUUGGUGUUUUUAUUUUGCCUGAAGUCUGAGUGACUCUGAAUACCACAGAAAAAAAAAUGCUGUCAAUAACUCUGAACCUUAUCAGUUGAACCCUAGUUAAUAGCAUUAGGCAAAGAUGUAUUUAUACAAAGUGAGGGGAACUAGAAGGUGAUGCAAAGAAAAACUAAGAGGCUGAAAAUCAAAAGCAUCUAAUGCAGUGUAACAGUCAAACAAGAUGAGGGCAUCCAGAGGGAUGUGGUUAACAUUUAAAAAUGUAAACAGACUGACUCUGAACAACUGAAGGCAUGGAGAGUGCAUAUGCAGAUUGAAGAGUGAAGGAAAGGAUGGAGACUCUGGAAGAGAGGAUAGAAAAGGAGGGAGUCAGAGUGUGUUUGUGUGUGUCUGUGGGAGCCUUGUUAGUUAUUGAUCCCAUUUAAUAAUCUUUAACCACAGCCUACUCUCAUGAGAGCACUUAACUCUCGUCUCUCUCCCUCUCUCUCCAGCCCUCACAACCCCUCUAUGCCUCCUUUUUACUUUCUGCUUGCCUCCUUUCCCUGUGUCUGUAUCUCCUCCUCUCCCCGCCUGCACUCUGGCUACUCUUUUAACUACGAGGUCAAGGUGAAGUGAGGCUAAAGACCAACACAAAUCCCAGCAGUAACCGGCAUAGUUCUGUGUCAGUGCAUUUGUUGCUAUGGAGUCGAUUCAGUCGUCUCUAAGAGGCCUGAGCUCAUUCAAAGCACACCGGUCCAGACCCAGACUCUGUAAAGUUAACCCGGGUCUUUGGUGAAUUGAGAUCCACGUGCUCAGGCUGUUACUAGUUCAGACUUUUCAAGUGGGCCCUGAGGACUUUGGUUGGGCUUGCAGAAAGAGUUCCUCUUUGUCUUUCACAAAAGCCUUGUAUAAAAUUGGACCUUAGAACUAAAACCUUUUUGUGUCUUUGGGUUGAGGUGUUGCCUGUAUACUCUUGAAUCCUACAGUUUCAGUUUGGCUUUAGUUCAGGCUGAAGUGGCACUCACAUAAAGUAGAAGCUUUCAGUAUGUCAACAGUCUUCACUUUUUGUAAGUCCUCGUUUGAGUCUCGAUUUUUAUGUCAGUAAAUCUGUUGUUAGCUUAAAAAGAGUCCUUCAGGAAAGCUCUUCUAAUUUCAAUCCAUAAAGUUUAGUUUAUUUGUGAAAAGGAGAACUUGCGAUGUUUGCACAGAGCACAGCGUGUAUUUCACUAAUCUUAUCAAGCAGGAUCGGCAUUUUAAUAUGAUCGGCAUGAAUCUGCAUCAGACCUCACAAGGCAGAUAUUACCAUCAUCUCCUCACACACACACACACACACACACACACACACACACACACACACACACACACACACACACACACACACACACACACACACGUGGUACAUCAUCUGGAUUGUUUUCAUCGGAGCGUCAUUGAGGUGUUUGCAGCUAACAAAAUGGUCCCACACCACACCUCGUCUUGCUUUCUUCAUGUUUUUUUCUUCGACCUCUUUCGAUAUUAACCUCAAUUUAAAAACAUCUCUAUUAAUGUCAACGGGCUGAGGGUGGUUCAUGGCAAUGUCAGUCUUUAAUUGUGUGGAAUUUGGAUCCAAGAACACGACUUCUUUUACCAAGUCUGCUGUGUCCCAGUGAAAUGAUCCAACAGGAGAAAAGAGCAGUAAAAUUAAAACCUGUCAUGUAACAUUGAUGCAAAGGCUCAUUAAGGGACUCACCUUUGCAUGGGGACUUGCAGUAUUGACUUACAGGAUCAUCAAGUCCAUAUUGCAGAGGCACAAAUGGUCACAUAAUGAUCCAAUGAGCAUAACAGUGAUGUUAGCCAUAAGCCAGAGACAUCUCAGUAACUAGCUGUGAUCCCACCCCAGCAUUUAUUGGACAUUCUGGAGCCUUUUUCUUCAGGUUCAUUAAACAAGAUGAUCCUGGAUCGUUAUGGUGGUCCUGAUGAGGAGUGACCUCGCCCCUGUGAGGGCUGAGAUGACCACCAUCAUAGUAGCACUGUUUAUGACGAGGAUUUUUAUGCCCGUAUUGUGAUCUAUCUAAAACACGCGCACUUUUUAUCAGCACCUUCUUUUGUUCCUCGUUUGAAAAAUCCUGCAUAAUUAAUCCAUAAUGUUUAAUAUCAGGAGUGCUGAAGAAUCAGGAGCACAAACACAUGAAAUGAUGGAUUAAGAGAUGAAUACGCAUGAAUACACAAAUGAGGGCAUGAAUGAAAAGUGAUAAACAAAUGAGCUGUAGGAUGAAGCGAGGCCGGGAGGAGCGAGAACAAUCGUCCAAAUGAUCUCUGUGGGCUCCUUUUAGUCGUCGAGCUUUGUUUCCUGCUCUUCUCUGAGCGAGCUCCUUUAAUCUGUCACUCUGCUCCCUCGUGCUUUUGUUUGGCUCUUUAUUUGGAUGGCAGAGCUCAUUUCAGCCGGAUGAUCCGAUCAAUAAUUACUUUCCAUGCCACACACAUACACACACACACACACACAUACACAGACAAACACACUCACACACACACACUUGGGCAAUAUUCUCUCAGUAACAAACACAAAGCCUUAGAAGAAACAUCAAAUUAUGAAGUACCAGAUUACAUUCAUUCUAUUUGUACCCAAUAUAUGAAUCAACAGAAGAGUAUCAGAGAGAAUGAAAUGAGAGGAGGGAGAUGAUGUUUGUCAUGAACUUGGAGAUUAAGCGUGAUUUUACACCUACGUUUUCUGGUCCGGACUUUCAGACUGUUCUCUUUGGCCUGAACCAAUUGAUAAGUCUGAAACCACCCUCGGACCUUGGCCCAACCAAAUGAGAUGAUCUCGGUCCGGACCAAACUGGACCACAGUCUGGUUCAGGCCCAGUGUCAAAACAUCCGUUUGAAAGGUUAGGGCCUUAGUACACAGGAAGACAGGAAAUGACAUGAGGAGUAGAAGUGUUGGUUAUUAUGUUGACUGGAGAUUGUUCAAGAAGGAGAAAUUUUAUAAUAUGGUAGAUAAAGUUACACUUCACUAUUGAAAGCUUAUCUUUUUAAGACAUACUUUCUCUCCUGUGUCGGUGUUGCAGUGACUGGCAGGAUCGCAUACUUUCUUCAAAACUCAUAAGACAAACUCAGACCAGCCUCAUGUACAGCUCCUCAAGUUGUCGCUGGUGGUCAUAGAAAAUCCACAAUAAUAUGAUGGUGGGAACGAUGAUUUCAUUCAGGUUAACAACAUUUAAGACCUGUGUUAUUCAACGUGUUGAUGUCAGAUGCCUGCCACCCAAUGACCAAUCAGUGUAAACUACAGUUUUUCUAUUUGCAAUAAUGACAGUGUACCAUACCGUGAAACAAAAUCACAGAUCUUUGUCCAGACCUUGAUGGUCUGGAUUUUUGGGUUUGAAAACACCAUAAAUCCAAGGUUAGAAUUUUGAGGGAACACUAAAUCUCUCAACUCACAGCUACUGCUGUCAUGACUGUCUGUUUGAGGGACAGACAUAAUUAACACAAAUGACAUUUGAUUUUACUAUAAAUGUAUUCUUUGUCAAACACAAACUUCAUCAGUGUGAGUACUGUCUCAUCACAACUCUUCAAAAUACUUCCACAAGGUCAUAUAUGGAACAUAUUCUCAUCAUAUAUGUUGGCACAUGUUCUUGUUUGCAGUACAUCAUAGUUACAGUGACCGGUCACAUAUUUAUAGGGAUUUCCACAUCUGCCGUUACUAUGCUGACAAUAUCUCUUCUAAAUUGUAGGGUUAGUACUAAAUUAAGACAAAAAGUUAGACAAACAGAUGUGAUUUUUGUCUGCUGACUGGCUGCACAUAUGAGCAGAUGAGAUGUUUCAUUUUUACAUGCCAAUCAUGAGGUUUUUUUUUUUAACACAUUAGCUCAUCAUUUAAGUAAACAUUAAAAACAUUUUUAUGUAGAAGAGUGACAUCCCCUAUCAUCAACCACUGACUCAAAAUGUCAACUUUUUUUGACAUUUCAGUCUCAAUCGCAAACUGGUAUUUUGACUUUUUCUUGACAUUUCAGCUGUAAUAUAAAAUAAUUUUUCAAUAUUAUUCUCAAAAUUUCAACCAUAUCCUCCUUGUUCAACAUUUUUUUCUCCAAGUGCAUGAUGAAAAUAAAUAAAUCUUCCCCCUGUAAUUAUUUUUUUCUCAUUCCUUGCUCAAAUACACUUCUAUACGAACGGCCGCUCCCGUGCACACACAAAAACACACACCCAGACGCACGCAUACACCAUUUAUCACCGCUGUCACCCAGUUUGCAUCGGCUUUGUUUUUUAAAGCCGGUUUGGAAAUGUCAAGCUUUUUUCAAGAUUUAUUUUGCUCCUGCAGCACGUCAGAGAAAUUAAUAAUCAGCCCAUAAGUUUCGACCUGCAUCAUCAUUCACCUCUCUUUUACAUGCAUGCACACACACUUUAAUUGCUCAUAAUACUGCUCACCUUUUUUAUUUCCCAUCAUUUUACUUCAUUUUUACGACAAACGCUGCGAGUCACCACUGCAAACGUGUGGCACUCUCAGACCACUGAACUGUUUUUUUUUUUUUGGUGUGUGUGUUAUGAAUAUGUCAGAGAGUCUGAUUAAAGCAAUGGUUCAUAAACUUUCACAGCAGUGCUCAAUGCACAAAAAACACACACACACACACACACACACACACACACACACACACACACAAACGCCAAAUAAACAAAGUAGCUGGCAUUUCCUAAUUUCGAGGGUGAUGUUAACUUCUCUGCAGAACCUUUAUUUAGUUGAUUUGUGGUAAUGCUAAAGCCUGUGUUUGUGUGUGUGUGUGUGCGCGCGUGUGUGUGUUCGCGUGUGUGUGUGUGUGUGUGUGCCUCUCAGCUCUAUGUGAAAUAAUAAUGUGCUCAGAUCUCUGGAUGAAGUGAACAAUACUUAACAGAGCCAUGAUAAUAAGUAUUAAAAUCACUGGACCUGAAAGAAAACGUGAUGAGACUCUUAAUUAUGGGGGGGGGGGGGUUGCAAGAAGAAAAAAAUGAGAGGGGGUUGAUUGAGACAAAACUAGAAAAAAGAAAACCCUUGAAUGGGUUUAAAAACAUCAUGAUGGAGGUGAUAAAGGAGGGGAAUAGAUGUAUUGGAUGAGUGUGUGUGUGUGUGUGUGUGCGUAUGUAUUGAAACACUACAGAGAUGGAUUGAGAGAGAGAGAAAUACUUGCACUCUAAUCCUCCUCUCUCUUUCUGUGUUUUAUUGGUAAGAGGCGGGGGCAGCCACGCGCACCCCGCUGAGGGUUUUGCACUCUUUGAUUUCUUUCUUCAGCAUGUCCACACACACAUGCGCUCGCACACACACACAAACACACACGCACACAUUGGCUGGAGUCAGCCCAUCUUCCAGGAUCUCAUCAUUAGGCACCCAGGCGGAGUAAUCAUCACCUCCCCUUCAGUCUUGUUCAUUUUCAUUGGACAAAUUUUUGCCUUCAAAGCGCAUGAGCUUGAAAUGACACACGACCUUUUGACCACUGAAUCAUGAGCCCCUGAUGUAAAUGUAAUCAGAUUUAGAGUCGAUCUGUUUAUGGCUGCGGAGAUGAUGACUUUCUUUAUCUUUGUAUUGUUUUUAGAUGUGAAUACUUAAAGCACAAGGCUGUCCAUAUAUGCAGAUUAUACCUGUAUUUUGACUUCUUUUACACCAGAAGUGGAUGUGUGUUACGAACUUGGUCGUGCAACCCCAGAUCUGUCAAGUUGCAGUGCUGAGUUAAAUGUUAAAUUCAAACAGAAUUUGAUGGUUUGUUCAUCAUUUAUUGUCUAUUUUUGAUUGAAAAGACAAGAAAUCAAAAACAGAGGAGAAGGACCUGGCUGCAGACACAGAGGAUCUCUGUUAGGAAGCGCAGCAGGAAGUCGGACCUCCACUUGAUUCUUAGGCAGAGAUUGUUGAUAAUGUGUGUAACUACAUCAUUCACUAACCUGGUUUAAGUCUUGACUUCAAGUUGAAAUAUCGAACUCUGGAAAUCUGUUGAUUUUUUACUGUCAAAGUUUGUAAAUAAACACAACGAAGAACAACUUUCACUUCUUUUCCACUUACCAAGCAGAGGUCCAACCUUCCGCUGUGCAUUCACGGUAGGGGUGGUAAUCACUAGCGGCUCCACGAUACGAUAUUAUCACGAUACUUGGGCCACGAUAUGAUAUUAUCGUGAUUUUUAACAUUUUGCAAUACAGUCAGUAUUGCAAUAACAUAUAUUGCGAUUUAUAUAAUUUUUUCAACUGUUAAGCUAAUUUAGCAUUUGUCUUUCCUUCAUGUUUGUCUUGUUUACGCUGUAUUUUAGUUUCAUGUAGCACAUCUUGUGAACCUUAUAUAUAUAUAUAUAUAUAUAUAUAUAUAUAUAUAUAUCUGUUGCAUUAACUUUCUCCUGCUCUGUGAUGUCACCCCUGCCAGUGUCAUAGAUUUGACUUCAUAUUAGCAAUUAAUUUAAAAAAAUCGAUACUUGGUAAAUGAGACGAUAUGAUUUAUCACCAGACAAAAUAUCACAAUACUAUGCUGUAUCGAUUUUUCUCCCACCCCUAAUUAAUGGAGCUGUGCUGUCUGUAACCAGGUCCUCUGAAGUAAAUGUGCAUCUGGUUAGUAACAUGACAGGGUAAAGAUGCCGCAGACAAAAAAACUGUAUUUACUUGUACUUCAUCCAAGUAUCUUCAUCAUGUGUGUUCUUCAAACUUUUACAGCGUCCUGCUUCAGAGGGAUUACAGUUUCCUGCGAGACAUCAACAUCUGGAACCCCUUCGUCACCAUCGGGGUGUAUUCCUCCACUCUCUCUGCUGCCAUGAGCAACCUCAUUGGAGGCUCACGCAUCCUCUACGCCCUGGCCAAGGACGACUUGUUUGGUGAGUAUAACAACCAUCUCCCACUGAUGUUGUCAUUCCAGGUUGCAACAACAAAGGUUAAAUAAAUUAAAUUUCCAUUCCGACCACACUGACAUUGAUCUCCUCCUGCAGCAGUUUCAGGCGUUAAAAAUUCUAAUAUUAAACAUUUUCGUGUCAAAGUCAGUGAUGGUUUACUCUCUGGACAGAUAUCGUAAAAAAAAACAAAAAACUAUCAGUUGAAAGUCACUUUAACUCUGACAGCGUCCCACUGUCUUUUUGUGUGUGUUUGUUUUGUUCGUUUGAUGAAUCUGUCUCAGAAGCGUUCAUUCAUCUGUGCCAGCAUGCUGCACCUGAAACUCACAAUUACUGAAGUAUUGAUUGAUAUUUGAAUUUUGCAAGAAACAAAUAAUCCGAUUUGCAGGAUAUGAACAGCUGAUCCCUCAGAUUGUCUUUCAUUACAUGUGAACCUUUGAACAAGACAUUUUUAGGUUUCUAAUUUUAACCAUUGUGUAGCCGAACAUGAAGUUCUAACAUGCUUUAUUUUUUAUCCUCUUCUUUACCAGAAAGUGAUUUCCAAAAUUUAACUUAUAAUGAUAUGACAAGGACCUAAACUACAAAUUAAGACUAUAAACUCUGUAGACUAUAAACGGCUCUUCCUUCUUUGCUUCUUCACAGAUUGGUUUCUUUUUCACCCACACAGGACAUAAAAAAAUACAGUUUUUUUUUGUCUCUGUUAUAUUAAAUUUCAGUGCCCAGACCUGCUGGCAGUGCAGCUUCUUAUACUCAAACAGGUUUUAAUACUUCUCCCUUUGGCCUUUGUUUGAAAUAGUUUUACCUCCAGAAUAUUAAAUUCAGUUGGAUUUCUCUCAUCGCCUCUCUGUGUGAAUCGCGCUGCCUGCAGCUUCUUCAGUUUUUAAUGAUGGUGAGCAGAUUGCCUAUCCUGUCCUUUGCUCUUUUGUUAGGUCUAUUGCAGAUUGAUUUGUACUGCUCAUGCUUGUGUGUGUGUGUGUGUAUCAGUAGAGGUAUAUGACUGUGACUUGACUUAGUGGAAGUUCCUCUGUGCAUGGAUCAGAUGGAGCAGAGGCAGCUGACUCUUGUAACACACAAAGGGUUAACAUAGAUUAAUGCGUUUAAUUAAGAGUCGAACCGGGGAACCAUAAAUGUGUAAAUGCUCUUGUAGAGGGAUGAAAUGGGUUGUAUGACCACAUUGUGCAUGCUGAAAUCUGUGUGUGUGUGUGUGUGUGUGUGUGCGCUCUCACACUUUCACCUUUCAACUGUCUUCUGCAGCCAGAGUGAUGGAUAUAGUGACUCUUCAUCACACACCAUCACAAAAUGAUCACACACACACUCUCACUCACACUCACGCACACACUAUGGGCUUAUUUCCUCCCUUUAACUUACUAAUCUCCAGCUCCUUCACCUCUGUCCAUCCUCCUCAUCACUCAGCCUCUCCUCUCUCAGGCUCAUUGAUUUGACUUUAAAUUCUCACUGAUUAAAUUCCAAUCCUUUAUCAGCUGUGAAAUUUAGUCUUACACUCAGAUUCCUCUCACCGCCCCUUCUUGCCAUCUUCUCCAUCUCCCCUCCUCUCCCUCCUUUAACUCUUCUUCAUGUUGUUUUUUGUGACUUUUUCUUUCCCUGUGUUUUGGUCCGUCAGAGCUGCCACCACUUCCAACUCAGAUGCCAUGAAGAACUGACACUAUAGAGAGAAAAUGAAAGGCUGCAUGCAAAGUGUCUCCUGGCAAACCAUAUAGCUUUAAAAAGUAUAGAAAGUGUAAUGUCAGCUAACCUCAUCUCUCUGGCUGUUUCCACCCACUCUCAUAGUCUUUUCUGCUCUUUCUUUUUUCUGAGACGGCAUGAAGUUAAUUACACAAAGUUGGUUUAAAUGUCACUAACAAAAGAAAAUGACAUCCCUGGUCUAAGCAUAGUCAGAUCUGUGAACAGCAACGCCAACACCCUCUGAGGUCUGAUGGGCGAGAGUCUUUUUUCCUUCAUCUGUUGCUAAGGGAAUAAAUAUAACAAAAGAAACACAACACAUGAGCAUUGAAUGGUGCAAGUGCUCACGAUUCCCUUUGUAUUCCAUGAGUGGAUGUUAUUUUGGUGAUGUACUGGAAAAGUCACAAAAGUUUGCGUCAGCAUCAGGCCUGGCCAAAACAAGAUAAUGAUUAUUUAUGGUAAUGAAAUAUAGAUAGAAAAGUUAGAUCAAAUUCGCCUCCUAGCUCUUUACACCCGGAGUCAGUUUCCUACACAUUUCAAACAUUCAGAGACAUUGGAAAAAGUCUCUUGAGUUUUCAACAAGAAGUUCAACAUUUUGGGAAGAAAAAAAGAAAGGAUAAAAAAUUACAGUUUUUCUGGUCGCUUUAAGAAAUCCAUCUUAGAGAAACUCCUCCAUGGACAAUUUGCUGGAGCCCUCCCAAAAUUAACUCUUCCCUGGGGGUUGAUCUGAUCAACUCUUAAAUUAGUGACGCAUAGUACGAGAUCCCUAUAAAUAUAAAAACCUCUCUAGCCUCCAUACAAAACUCAAAAGGCAUGGCCGUGAUAGCUGGUCAAUGUCUGACCAUGAAGAAACAGAAAUUUUAGCACAUUUCAGGGGUCACACCCCUGAAAUCACACUUGGAUUUGUUUCUCCUAUAGAGUUAAUGUAAUCCAUGUCAGAUAGUUUAUAACACCAGAAGAGACUUGUAGAAACACAAGAUGUCAAGGUAACUAUGACACACAAGGUCCAAACUGCCUCCAACAUUACAUGGAAGGUUAACAUCUCUAAGCAUUCAUUGUGUUAUGCCUUAAUGUGACCUGCUGGAGACAGGCAGGAGACCUUGUAAACAGUGAUUCAGGAGGAUAACAUCGGAUUCACACGCUGUCCUGUCACUUCACACUUCGGUUAAGAGGUAUUUUGACUGUCCUGUCAUGGAGAAAGACGAUGGCUCUGCAUCUCAUUAUUAAUGCACUGUGCUGGAAAUUUCUGUUUAUAAAGAGCUGAACAACAAGUUCUAAAAAAAAAAACACCUUUUCAAAAGGCCAGACAACACGGAGGGUACAGAAUCUUCUGCAGGUCUGCGCUGACUGACAAGGAGUUUCUGUCUGGUUGUUGUUUAUAUCAAGGUUGUGGUAUCAAAGGCUUGGUGAUUUCCAUAAGAAGUUCAUCCCCAAUUUGCGAACAGCUCCUCCCUUCUGUGGAAUCAGAUGGCAGCUGUACAUCCUCUCAACCAGAAAACAUCCUGUACUGACUGCAGGAAAUGUAAACAAAAGCACAUUAAACUCCUUAAUAAUGUUGUAAUUAAGCAGUGUAACAAACAUGAUGAAACAUGAAAACACAACAGGAGACAAUUUCACACCGUGACUAUGACACCAAAACCAAGUGUAAGCUGCAGUUAGACACACGAGGGUCUGUAAAGUAAGUCUGAAACUAUUUCUAAGAAUUGCAUUAAUUGGAAAAAGAGUUUGAAACUACAUAGAACUAGGAAAAACUUUUAGACAUAAUUGUGUAAAUUUAAAGUUUUAAAAAGGAGUAAACUUGUUCAUUCGUCAAAAGUACACAGCUCUGGUUGUGUUGGUGCUGUGAUUCUGUCUGACACCUGUCUCCUUAAAAGAGGCUUUUUGUUCUGAGCUGUAUUAGACUGUUUAACAAAGAGAACUGUAAAUAAUGUAGUGUAUGUGUGUGUGAGUGUGUCUGUACGUAACAGUCACAAAAGAAGAAAUGAGGGUCAGUGUUCUCACCACAUUCACUUGAAUCCCAUGCAAAGAUAAAUGAAGUUGAAUUAUCUGCAUAAUGCUGCAAAUUGAAGUUUUACUUCAUUUCAACCGACGGGACAAACAGUUGAGCAAGGCCGAACUUUUUUACUCCAGUCCUCUGCUUGUUAGCUCCUCCACGUCAAUACUAUUGCCUGGUGAGGUGAAUAAAUCUUCACAGUAGUGGGUUGGAGACAGCUGGCACACCUGCAGGAGCAGCCGCUAAUUGUUGCACGCCUGCCGGACGGAGCUGGUGUGGGAUUAAAAACUUUCUCAGGUUGUGCAAAUCUCCAUCGUGCUGUAGGUUUUCAUUCAUGGAGACUUCUUGAAGGAAGAGUGUCAAACCUUUACUGUAUCAGCAACAAAGAGGAGUCUGACGAACAGCUCAAGCUGAACAAUCAAAGUGUCCUGAUGUGUAUUGAUGAGUAAACAGACAUCCUGACGUCUGAUUCAUGCACUACUGAAUGUUCUCCGGGUGCACAGAGUUCAAAGUUUUGUAACAGUUUGGGCAGGAAAUCAAACUUUUUACUCUCAGAUUGACUUUAAAUUACAGUCUUGAUCAUGCAGCCUCUCACUCAUGCUGAUAGAAACUGGUUCAUUCAAUUUCAUUAUAUAGACAUUUUGGUAUAAAGAUUUAAAUGUAUUCACCUGGACCUUCUCUCAUCCCUGCAGGUAAGGUGCUCUCUCCUGCCAAGAUGACGUCCCACAGUGGUAACCCCUGGGUCUCCGUGCUCAUCUCCUGGUUUCUUGUGCAGGUCAGUGGAAAUCAACUGAUAAAGAUAGAAAUAGAAAUAGAAAAAUCUAUGCAAAUGUGCUGACUAAAACUGUGUAGACUAUUGUUGUAGAAAGAUCAAAGUCCUCUAAGACAAAUGUACAGGCACCUGACAGGGAAGCUAUCUGUAUUUCAAUAUAUAUAAACCAUCCACAAUGUUGAACUAAAGGCUAACAUGCUAACAACACGCUUAUAGAUGACUAUUACACUUUAGACAUUUAGACUACAUAUCUCAGCUUUGAAGUUGGAACCUAGAGGGUCAAGAAACUUGCGUUACAUUAGCCUCAAACUUAAAUGUUUUAGAGAAAUUGAUAAAUCAGGAAAAAAUCUCAUUAACAGGAUCAGUGAAGCUCAGUUCAGAGGAAAGGACGACGAGAUACUGUUGUGUUUUUGCUCAAAGAUGCAAGGCUGACUCAGUAUCAGGGCAGAAUAAGUCAAGGCUCUUGUUUUCUGCAUUGUGGAGACUUGUUAUAGAAACUAACCUCAGGCAGAAAUAUGAGACAGACCUUCUGCACAACUCAGGAGAAUUCUUUCUUCAGACAAACCGACUCGUUCAAAAAUCAAAAGUUCAGUUUGGGCAGUUUGACGUCUGUUUUUCUGCCACUGCUCAGUCUGCUGCAACACAAAUCUGCUCGACUUUUCUUCAUCAUCUAACAAUGGCACUUAAAGUCACUGCAUUUUUUACCACUGCUCUGCCAAACAGUGUCCCAUGGCUGCAGAAGUUCCUUAGUUUAAUUGAUUUUAGGAAUUUCAGAGUGUGUGACCUAAUGUUGCUUUUUAAUUUCUCUGGCUGUCAAACAACUGAUCCAACAGAAUGGGAAACUUCUUUUUUUAUUAUCUCACCAACGCCUGGACGAAAUAUUUUCCAAUAGUCAGAAAUCAUCACUGAACUUUUAUGACAGCAGACGACAACCAUGGGGGACUUUUAGCCCAACUUCAGUGAGAGCACUUGUGAUGAAGACUUAUGUUGAACAAUCUGCAAACUGAUUUAUUAAGAGCCUUUUAACUAAUCACUACAGUGUCAAACUUAUUUCAAAUUUUUUAAACCUUCUCAUGACUCAACUUCAAAACGAAACUGCUUCAUUUGUGACCAGCCAGAAACUGUUUGAACUAAAGCUGAGGAUGUGUCAUCUCCCCAAGUUUGAGCUUGAACACAGGGGUCUGAUUAAGUAUUUCAAGGGCACCACAAUUACUUUGAAAAAGCAAAAGUAUAAUAACUUUAUUUCAAUAAUAACUUUAUUUUUUAUUUAAUUUAACUUUAUUUUUUAAGUAAGAAAAGAUUGUUACUUUUCUAACUCCAACAUAAGAAGGCUCCUUCUGUCGAGUGUUGAAAGUGUUGGAAAGAGGUCAGUAAAGAGGAGAAAAUAUUGGCAGAGGAGAGGAAGAUGAGGGACGAGACAAAGAGGAGGAGGAGGAUCUUAAGAGCAAAUAAGCCCGGUUAUUCUCACCAUGGUGAGUGUAAAAGGCUGAUGACAUGUCAUUAUUUACUUCCUCUCCCUCUUAUUCUCAUUCUCUGUCCCUCUCUCAUCCUCUUCUCUGUACCUCUCUUCACUCUCCAGGAGUGAGGAGGAGCUAUUAGAUGGAAAUCGUUAGCUGUGCUGCCUUCACCAGCGAAGAUCGUUGACUCUUAAGUUGUCUUUCUCUCUGCCUCUUCCUCCACCAUCUAAAUGAGUCACUAAAGUCUGAUUGUAAUCUCACAUCAAACACUCACAUGCUUUAGGAGUGAGAAGAAAGAAGUGGGAGGAUGGAAAGGGAAGGCACAAGCUAAGACAUUUUUAUUGGUCAGUGAGGAAGAAUUAAAAACCUGCUUGAGGAAGAAAACUUUGAGGAAGGAGUUGUUGUCUUGAGGCUAUGUACAAGUUCAUAAAAUGCAAAGUUUGUGGACAGACAAAAGUCAACAUAGCCGACUAAUGCCGGGAUUCCACUGCAUGCAGAUCCGCUCUGCUCCACUCCGGAACAGCAGGUGGAUCACAAACACAAGCAUACAGUGCCCACUGUAUCUGAUCCGCUGCCGCAAGCAGAGGAGAAGCGCUUGCGAUAUUACCGAAGUUUCUCUCGAGACUAGACAAGAUCCCAUGAGAUCUUGCGUGUUUCACUGUGAGACAUCGAUCAGAGAUCGGUGGUGUAUAUAAACAUCCACAUCCCACAACCCUGGCCCCUCCAAUUAUCACAUGAAGAACAGUUCAGUUUAGAAAAUUAACUGGAUAUUUUACUCUGGAGCCGCUUACAACUUCUGCUGCUGCUCGUGCUGCGCCGCACUGAAUUGGUGCGUUGUGCUGCAGCGUCCGCCAAUAAUAGAAAGCCUUGCUUAUCUGAUCCGACCACCAGGACCCACAGCGGAGCCAGAUGGCGGACGCAUUGUGUGGAAUCAUGCACAUUGAUUAUUAUGCUUGUGUAUUUGAUCAGACUGCUGUUCUGGAGCGGAGCGCAGCCGUUCUAGUAUGCUGACGAUGAUACUGUCAUCCCUGUUGGCCAGCCAACCCACCUGACCUGACCCCCAGAGAGGAUCUGUGUUACAGAACAAAGAGAAAAUGAUCUUUUUUACAACAUUCUGAGUUAUUUUGAUGCACAGAACUCCCAAAUGAUGUCACUUGGAUUAAAACCCCCCCACAUAAUAUAGUGCUCUAAUGUAUGUUAAGAGGACCGCUAGGCUUUCAAAGCUGCCCUCAUUUCAAAGAGUGGUUGCAAAAUAUUGGCCUGUUUUUAAAGGGUUAGACUGCCAAAAUUUAGCCCCCCCCCGUUGCCUCCAGUCUCACGAAUAAUAGUAGUACAUUUAUUUUAUGUCAGUGAGCUAUGCAUUAUCCACCUUUGAACCCAAACUCUCACUUAAGCAAGCGUUAUGCAAAUGUGACCUGUGACCAGAAUUUGUCCCUGAGACGUUUCUGGAAAGACAGCAGUUCUUAACCCGAAGUAUGACUCAGCCGCAACCACUCAAUUCUUUUGAUUCAAUAAAAGAGUCCAUUUGUGGCCUCGGUUUCCAGCAAUAUCUUUGCCAAUUUAUGCACACUCUUUCCCAGUAAAAACAGUCUUUCAAAUUCCCACAAGAAAACAAACCAGAAGAGGUCUGUCUUUCUGACGCACACACACUUUUUUUUUUUUGUAUGUGUGGUUGCAGUGGUUGUCCGAGGCUGGUUCAUAACUGAGUUGAUGGCUAAUUAAUGCCCCAGUAGAACUGGACCCCAGGGGAGUGCUGGAGAGACACCCACUGACUUUGACUACCAGAGGACAGAGAUUUUCUCACUCCUCUUUCUUGCACCUCUCCCCUCUCUUUGCAUCUCAUCAGUCCGUCUCUCAUCUCACCUUUCUCUCUUUUUCUCCGUCCUCAUCUCUUUCACAGCUCAUCAUUUUCUCCCUUUUUUUCUGACGGCCUGUCAAUAAUGUGCCAUCAUUAAUCUCACUCCCAUCAUUAACUCCUCUCCUCUCUCUCUCCUUCAGUUUACUCCGGGCUCAUGGUCACAAAGGCAGUGAUUACAGAGUUUCUGCUUCAUACUCUCCAAGAGAAGCCCUUGAGCUUAACAAAAAAAAAAAAGUCCGACUCCUGCUGGGUUUCUCGGCUAAUCAUACAACUCACCAUCAUUAGAGAGAGAAAGAGACUUAGCUAUGUGUUUGUUUUUCAGUGCAGGAACUAUGGUUCUAUUGUAGCUGUGUUACAAUCAGUCUCAGCAGCUCACAUGCAGGAAAAAAGAUUUUAUGAUGAUGAAUCGGACUUUGUGUUCCUCCACCAAAGUGUUGGGGUGUGUUUUUAUGUGGAGUAGAAAAAGUGAUUGAGAAUUCCUCCAUUCUUAUAACUUGAAAGUGUUCACGCCUUUGAACUGUUCCAUUAAAGAUCUUGUGUAUCCUGUUGGAGGCUGAAUAAAUAGUUUCCAUUAUAUGAUAAACAGAUGAUCGUUUGUAACUAUGGGUAUAGUUAUUGGGGUAUAUACAUACUCUUAUAAGGACCUCAGCUGAUGUGUGAUAAAGUUUCAAGUCGGGCCUCACAACGGUUUUAUAGUUAUCAUGGCUAAAGUCAUAUAGCAAUAAAUGUCCAAACCUUGACACGCAGGAUGCUCCCCUGUUAGCCACUGGGGGAAGCUCUCUGUAAGAUUACUGUACUGCUGUCACACUGUUUUAUUGGUGCAGUCAGAUGCAAACCAAUUAUUGACAUAAAAACAUGCUUAGCUGCAUUUAUCUGUUUUAAAUUUUAGUUCUUUUCAAAUUACUAUAUACAUAUGGUAUGUAACAAUAUAAUAUCAGACAAGACUAUACAGUGCAGUAGGGGUGGGAGAAAAAAUCAAUACAGCAUAGUAUCACAAUGUUUUGUCUGGUGAUAUAUUGUGUCAUCUCAUUAACCAAGUUUCGAUUUUUUUCAAAUAAAUCGCUAAUAUGAAAUCAAAUCCAUGAUAAUGGAAAAAUAAAAACAACUGUUCGUCCAGUGAGGUUGGUAGAGGUGACAUCAUAGAGCAGGAGAAAGUUACUGCAAUAUAUAUAAUUAUACAUAUAUAUAUAUAUAUAUAUGUGUAUAUGUAUAUAUAUAUAUGUGUAUAUGUAUAUGUAUAUGUAAGGUUUGCAAGAUGUGCUACAUGAAAAUAAAAUACAGCUUAAAUAAGACAAACAUAAAGGAAAGACAAAUGCUAAAUUAGCUAAACAGUUGAAAAAAUUAUAUAAAUCGCAUUUUUGUAUCGCAAUACUCACUGUAUUGCAAAAUGUUAAAAAUCUCAAUAAUAUCGUAUUGUGGGGCCACUAGUGUUUCCCACCCCUUCAGUGCAGUCCAGUUCAUCAUGCAUCACAAUGGUUUGAUGUAAUAAAUUACACUUUGUCCCCUUGUGGAAAUUUGUCUUGGACUGAAGUACUGCACAUGCUCAACUGCAUCUAUAUUGACACGAUACGAUGAUACGAUACGAUACAACUUCAUUUUCAGCUUGCGCUGAAAUUUGUCUGGCCUCCAUGGCUUUACCGUUCUGGACACAGACAGGACACAGCAGUACAUCAUAAUCAUAGUACAUUACAAGACAGGACAGUAGACAAUAAGGGGACCCAUCACAGCAUCAGAAAGAGAAAAAUAAAAAUAAACAUAUCCUCUGAGUUAUUGAUUCUGGUUCAAAAGCAGAACGGACAUAAAAAAAAAUUGAAAAAUCAGUUUUUCCCCAAAUAGUACAAGCCUAGUUUUAAGUCCAAUUCAGAAUCAAAACCCAGAAGUCUGUUUGUCAUUUCCUGCAGAUUUCUUUGACUGAACCCUGGUCUUUAUCCGAAGUUCAGCUGCUGCCUCAGAUCUAAAAGAGGAGUUGGAGUCCACGUCCCCUAACAAGACUGAUGUUAUUAUAGAUAAAUGAAAAGCCUAAUCUUUGUCCACUGAGGAUAAUAUUUCAAUCAAGGUGUUCUGAAUCCUGUACUGCCUUUUGUCAUACAGUCAGAGCCCGCUCAUUCCUAAUUGGCCUGUUAAAGUUGGACUAAAAUAAGAAGUUACUUGCAUUAAAAUUGUGUCUGUUACCUGCAGAUGUUGCCUUUGUAUGCAGAUGUAUGUUUGCUUUAGCUGCUCAGCACCAAACAGCACAUAGUUAAUGUGAGUAGCUGGUAGGUGACACAUUAUUUAGCUGCUAAAAAUGCAAUAUUUCCUUUAAGGGUGUAAGUCAAUAAUGUGAACAAAGAUGAUACUUUCCUUAGCUUUCCUUAUACAGAUACUCUCAUUAUUUUCCACAUAAAUACCCUUUGAGAUGUGUUUAAUUUACAGCAGGAUGUAAUGCAGGCAGCUCCCCCUGCUCUCAGGUCUGCUUUAACUUGCAGGCUCUGUUCACACUUUCAGAUGUCAGAGAACCUGACAGGGAACAGCGCUAAUAAUGAGGUGAUCAUUCGUCUCCACUGUUAGAGGUCACCUGCUACUCCUUAGUCUGAGACUCAGGCUGAAUCUCUAACAUCCAUGAGUUGUAUUAUAAAGUGUUUCUCCCUUCACUUUAGCUGCUUAUAACUCUAUAAGCACAGAAGUGGCUGGAUUUUCAUGUAACUGCAGACAGCGAACAUACUGCAGCAGGUUAGAUAACAUCUUAAUUAAAACUGAACAUUAGCUUCAAUCUGUGGCUCCCAAACUGGAGCCCGAGGACCCUCUGUGGUCUUGCACUGGACCUGAGGUAAAUGUAGAACAAUUGCAUUUUCAAAUAUCUUGCUCCCUCGAUGUUGGUCAAAUCUACACUUAAUGUCACCUUCCAGCUGCAGAGCAGACAGAUAAUCAUAUCUAACUGGAGAGAGUCUGCAGGGACCAAAGCUGGCAUGCGGUGAUUUAUCAGGGGAUUCUUGACUGGAAAGACAAGUUUUCAUUUCAGAUUAAAAAAAAAAAAACAAUUUUAGUGAAAAUAAUUCUUAAAUUUUUUCAGUGUACAAACACAAGAUGCUUCUUGUUUUCUGGAAGUCCUCCAUCCGCAGAGAUUUGUUAACUGGUUCCAGUUGGACUUGUUGAGGUUCAUAAAGAAAGCAUGAUGAGCUGUUAAUCCCACAGUAUUCUGAUUAACAGUCCGAGCAACAGUGAAGCAUUUAGGUGGAUAAGAAUGAGCUUUAUAUUGGAUCUGCUGUUCUCAGAGCCUGCGCAAUGUCAACAAACUAAUAAUACCAUCUAGAGAAUUUGAGACACAAGUGGCUCUCAAUUUCUUCAACCCAAACAGAAAUAUUACAAAGUCAGGCUAAGAUGCUGGUUUGUUGGGAGUUCAUGGUAUGAGUAUGAAACAAAAUAAAGCAAUUAUUUUCAUAAAAUGCCUUCCUAAUUGAGGAUAAUGAUCUCAUUAAUUCAGAAAGCAGAGUGAACGCAUUACACAUCUGCAGAUACCCAAGGCUGUGUUCUUUCCCAGAUUCAAAGGUAGAUUCACAAACAAACAAACAAAACAAUUACCUCAUUUUACUCAAAGUUGCACAUGAACAUGCAUCACUUUUUAAGACUUGAUGGGUGCUGCCAAAGGUCGUGCAGAACAAAUGGCAAAAAAUUGACCUCUGUUUUCACUGACAUGUUUGUUUACUUAUUAACCCCGCCCUCCCAUCUGUCUCUCUCUUUAUCCUUUUUCUCUUCUGUCUCUUUCUUUCUCUCUUUUCCUUGUUUGAUUCCUUCUAGCUGGUUCUUUUCUCUGGGAAACUCAACACCAUCGCCAGCAUCGUGACCAUUUUCUUCCUGCUGGUCUACGCUGCUGUGGAUUUGGCCUGUCUAGCUCUGGAGUGGGCGUCUGCACCUAAUUUCAGGUACUCACACACAUUUACACCCUUAAAGCCCCUGGAAAUACAGCCUGAAACAAAUCAAAUUUAUACCUGUAAUAAAAGUCAAGAGUCUCAUUGAACAUCUAUCGAGAGAAAAAGUAAUUAACUGAUAAUACAAGACCUAUUAAAAAACUGCACUUUUACUGGUUGCACUGUGUCUUAAGACUGUGGGGGUGUGGCCAAUCAAACCUUGACUGACCCAGCUCUGUAUGCAAACCCACUGAGACACUCAGUCUGGGCUGCAGCUGUGCACCCUGUGAUGGCUCUUCUUUUGGGGAAGGAAAACACAACAGCCUCCACCCCUAGUUGCAUAGAUACGGACACAAAAGUUGAGAAUAGUUUCCAGGACAUCACCUCGUCUUUGGGUACAGACUGCACAGACUGAUAGAAAGUUAAUGUAGAGAGUUUUCCCAGAUUGACAAAGCUGGCACACCAGUAUCUCUGCUCAUCAGCGCCAUCUGAGAGUGUUUUCAUCACUGAUUGUGACCUGGUUGCGCUCCAAGCUGACACCCAACCAGGUCACAAUCAGUUAUUUUUCCCUGUGAGAACAAAUAGGCAGCAAAGCAGACUCUUGGACUCUGAAAUAUCUUUCUGUUGGGUUGUUUUGAUGCAGUAAAUUAGCAUUUAACAGCUCAAGUCUACCUCUAUAUUUAUAUCGCUUCAUUUUUAUGCACUGCAUGACACAUUUCUAUAUGUUCAUGCAUUAUGUUUGGUAAUUGGUAAUCAGCAGAGGAAAAGUCUGCCAAUAUAAUUAUCAGCCAUCAAAAGUGUGUCACAUUGAAUGUUGUAUCCAUGACUACAUGGGGGUGUUUUGUAGUGUCAUAAACAGACAGCAGACAUGUUAGUGAAUGUCUUGACAUAUAAAAGAGACUAUCUAUCAAUCAUAGUCGAAUUAAAUGUUGUUUGUCUGGUUUAUGUCUGGUUUUAAAAUAAACAGACUGUCACAGAUAGAGUAUCAGGUCAAUUCAACUGGAGAAAGUUUGUGUUCUUUACAAUAAUAUGUCAUUGCAGUAUCAAUAUUCACCAAAAUAUUUUUAAAAAUAUUGGCGUAUUAGAGAUUGGAUAAAUUCAGUAUCCUGCAUCCCUAAAUUUGUUGCUGUUGAAAAUAAAACAGGUUGUCCCAGAUUUUAGUGUUUCAUGAAUGACAAAAAACAAUGGUUAUUACAGUAGCCAGACCGGUAGGAAGAAAAAAGAUGAAAUUGAUGAUUAAUCGUUCAUUUAUAGGAUUAAUCGAUCAAGGGACUUGAUUAAAAUGCCCCGUCCUAGUUUGCAGGUUACUGUCCAUUACACCAAAAAAGAAAUAAAAGAACACAAUAAAUAUCUUGAAAAUAAAGGAAACUGAAAUUAUAAAGCUAAGAUUUUAUAAUGUACUGACAAAAAGCAGAAUGAAUUUAGUAGAUACUUGCCCUGUCUUGAGAUUCUCCAUAACCUGUUGUACUUGUUCUUCGAGACACACUCUCAAACACAGCUCACCUGUUAGAAGGAAGGCCUCAGAUUGACACUCAGCUCUGUGAGUCUCUGUUAGACAUUUCCCUCUCUAAACACACUCCUUCUUUCUCUCCUCUGUUUUUCUUCCUCUGUCAUUGUUUAUGUAUCUGUGUACGCAGCUGGUUGUGUGCCAGCUGGAUGCUGCUGUGGGGACAGAGUACAAAUUAAAAGACAUAAAACUGGCCGCUGCUUAUAGCCCCAUAUUGGAGAGGGACCAGCAGUAAAACUGUGAGUUUGUGUUUGUUUUUGUGGGGCUGUGGCCUGAACUGGAUGCUCUUGUAACAACGCAUGGAGAUGCUUAGAGAUGUAAAUUUACAGUGUUUGUAUUUGUGGAUGUAUAUGCGUGGAUUGUUUGGACACUUACAAUGAUCCUGAUUUAUAAAAGCCCGCUGAAGUCAUUUUCACACAACAGUAACACAACCUGAGGACGGAGAGAGUGCAGAUAAAGCUCGAUGAUUACAUCAUGACAUCAACACGGCCGCAGCUUGGCAUUCGAUUCACUCGGCAAGGUUUUUUUUUACGAGAUUUUCCACAUUUUCUCUGUGAAGUGUUUAUGUCAUCUCUCCAAAAAUACGCUGUCAUCCAAAUCUUUCAUUUAAAAAAAAAGUUGUUUUUUCUAAAGGUAUGCUUUCCCUCGAUUAAACUUCUCCACUGGCUGUGAAAUACAUUUGAACAUGACAACUGCUCCACUUUUUAUUUGUUAUAUAGCAGCGACACUGUUUAAACACCAUGCAUCACUUUAUUGUUGUGACAGCCAGCCUCCAGCGGUGCAUUUGGUGUUUGGUAUUUCUUAACAUUUAUUGUCUAAAAAAGACAUGCGGGUACAUCUGCAGUUUCCCAGAUCCAGGACAUCUCAGUCAUAGUUGCUGAAUUCAGAACAAAGAAUCAGACAGUGUAAACAUCUUGUACUUUUCAAAGGCAGAGACAGAAAAAAAGGGGCUUGAAAUAUUGUUAAAGCUCAGUCAAAGUCUCACUUUUUUCUUUAAAUCAGAAUCAGAAUUACUUUAUUAAUCCUAAACUGGGAAAUUAUGGAAAAGCUUCUCAGAUUUAUUGGUAAUGAGUCAAAUAAUGCCCAUUUUUAAACCUUGUAUCGAAUGUAGAAAAUAGGUGAUUUUUAUAAUAUAUUUGAAGAAUGUUAACGAAGAGCCGACAUGUAUCAGCAACUCACAAACUGCAUGAUGCAAUAAAAUAAGGCAUGAAAACAAAUAAAACCUCUACUGCUGGGAUGCUAUGCUGCACAGUCACCUAUCACAGCACAAAUCCUGCCCAGCUUAAGAGACAAGCAAGCUGACACCAAGUAUUGAUCGAAAGAUGAUUUUAUUCUUUAAAAAAUGAUUUCUUAUUCAGUUCAAAGUGAAAACAGUUGCACCUCCACGGUAAGGCGUUUCUGUAAUUCAUAGACUUCAUAUGUUAGUUGUUUCAAGCCAAUCAGGAUCAAUCAUUUAACUCAAGCAGCAAUAACAAGCAUGCAUAAUGAAGAUGUAGUUAUGCAGUUUAAACAUUAAACUGUCAAACAAAGAGUGAAGGUCAAUUUUUAUUUAUAUAUAUUCUUAAUUAAUCUGUAAUGAACAACCUGAACGUGGCAUUUUCAGAACACUCACUGACUUAUGGAGUAAGAUUCAGACGUAUGAAGCCCGUGCUACGCUUUUGGCAUAUCUUAACAAAUAAAACAACUCACACAUUUGAAAUCAUUCGAAAAGAAUAAUUAAAACUCCAACUGAAAGUUAGAAUUUAAUUGAAUUUUCUGACUUAACUGAGGUAGUUUAUAAAAGAUAUGUAUGAAAAGCAGAUAAUAGGCUUAAUGAGGAUAAAAAGUGGUGAAAUAAUGAGUCCUUCUGUAUGGAUUUUCAGCAAGAAUAAAGAUUAUUCAACUGUGGCACCUUUUCUAUUUUCAAAGGCUGGUGUUAAUUAAACUUAUGCUCUUAUAUUGAUCUACAGCUGCUGGAUUGUACUCAUAAGAGUAGUAUUCACAUGCAGAGGGAGAAAUAAAACGUCCUCCUGUUUUCUUACCGGUGAGAUGAGUCGGUAAAACAAAAGCAGGGAAAGCACAGAGAGUAUAUGUAAUCCGGUUCAUGUCACUAAGACUGACCAGUGAAGCAACAUUUUGAAAAAUUAUUAAAAAGUCAUUUUUUUCACUGCUUUCCUUUGUGCCAAAAUGUCCUUUUUGGCUUCUAACAUGACAGUGCAACAGCAUGGUGAAAGGAUUUCUUUCUUUCCUGAGCUCUGUAGACAUGUAUUUGUGAGGAAUGAGAUGAACUCUUGCCAUGUUUUGUCUUUGAACUCACCUUUUAUGCAUAUAUUUCAUUCAUAGAUUAAGCCCAUUAACCAGUGUUUUUUUACAUUCAGCCCCAUUAUUAAGCAAGUCUGUCAUUUUAAUUGCAUUUCUUUUACUGUUAAAAAACAGGAAAUAAGCAGGGUAACACCCUCAAAGAGACGGUAUAAAUAAAAAACAGUAGGUCUUUGGAUGUACGGCUUUCAUGUUUGCAUUGUGUUUCUCUGUGGGAGUUAGGUUAUUGGCAGGAUGCAAAAGGAAGUGUACAUAUUUACUUUAAGAUGCUCGAAAAAAGAAGAGGAGUGCGAUAUUUUAGUACGACUGAAAAGGAAGCAGAACAUGUUUGGAUCUCUGUCACUCGCCUCAUAUCCAGAUACACCUGUUACUGAUGUUAUAGAUGGCUGCACCACAUGUAGCAAUCACCUUCAUUGUUCCCAAAAUGUAUUAUAAACACUAGUCUAUACACCAUCAAGGUAUAUUUAUGUUACCUUAAGGAAAGAGUUUCUUUUAUUACCACCAGACCACCACAGACUUUUAACUAUAAUCCUAAAUCUUAAAGGUAUUGAGAUAUUUGGUUGAAAUUGUAUUUGGCCGGAGCUGAAUUAGAUAUAUUUAGCGGUGUGUGUCUGCUACAGUGGGAGGGACUGAGUUUGCACUGAGAGUUUACUCAUUAUUGAUUUGAGAUGAUGAAUUUCUCAGAAAACGGGCACAUCUCGGCUUUUGUGAUGAUAGAAAAAUAAAAGGGGCUGUUUUCAGGUCAUAGAACAGCAGUAUUAAAGUCUUGAUGGUUUAAAAACAGUUGUGCAGCAGGACAGCUGAUGGGCUGUGCUGUUAAGUGAGGCAUGGUUCAUUUUCCUCUGUGUGUGUGCAUCAGUGUAUGGACUAUUCAUGCUACGUUUGAACAAGGGCUGCAUGAUUAAUUGAUUUUAAAUUAUAAUCAGAUUAUUUGAUUACGACGAUGUUAAAAAAAAAUUGAAUUGCCAAAUUGAUUUUUUUCUCUAUCAUGUCUCGUGCCUCCGGGCCACCGUAGGCUUCCCCUUCCUGUGGGAGCGUUCCAAAGUUCCCACACACACCAGUGUAAAGAAACAUGGCAUUUGCAAAAGAAGGUGAUAAUUUCAUGGCUAAAUGGUGCAAGACCAAGUCAGUCCUUCGGCUUCACAGUUUUGGACGAAGCGCAAAUCACUUCCCGCUGCAAAGUCUGUCUGAAGGUGGUAUCAACCCAUCCCGGAACCCGGAAGCGGCAUUUCAGUUGACCAUAAACGUUACUUUUUGAUAAUGGAGGAGUCUCCAUGUGAAUGCCUAUCUGCAUCUCUCGAAACAAUUAUAUGACACAUAUGACAGUGUAACUCUUCUAUGGCUCCUAUGCGUGUCCAGCCAAAACAACCUGUAUACGCUCAGUACUCUUCUUCUGUCUUUUGUGGAUUUCCUUGGCAGCGUCACAUCGCAACUUACUUGCUUGGCAUAUGCACUACAUCAUUUUCAGUGGUUUCGUUUUGAGAGAUGAUAAAAUAACAUAUUAUUUUGGUGAAGUUGUCACUAAAUAAAAAAAAUCUAAAUCUAAAAUUGAGUUUUCAGAGAAAAAAAUCUGGAUUUUAUUUUUGGCCAAAAUCGUGCUGCCCUAGUGUGAAUGUGUCAGCCCACACAGCAAAGCUCUGACAUACAGAUGCCAGAGGAAGCUUUGGCCACAUAUGACUUGGUACAAACUGCAUAUUUUUUCCUUCAAUAAUACAACAGUGUAGACAUGUAAGAACACGUACUCUUCAAGUAGCAAAUAAUCUUCUGAGAACAAAUGAAAAAUCUGAAGUGAUUCCUGAAGGACAGAGCUCAGACUUCAAGCAUCUCUGAAUACUCUUUCUGCAUUUUGUCUAAAAAUAUUCAUUCUGAAGCAAAAUCAUGUCAGACUAUAUCUUUACCAGCAACUCUAUGACUUAAUACACCAAAAUACUCACCAUAAUCAGCACAAUAUUGAUUAAGAUAAGAUAUAUUUUCUCUGAAGGAGGUAUUUUAAAGUUCCCCAUUUUUUUGACAAUUAUUCAUUAAACAUUUGCUGAUUUCAGGUUUAUAAUCUGAAUUUUAAAUCUUUAGUUAUCUUUCAUAUUGAGCAGGUAAUGAGGGUCAUAUUCACCAAAUGGGUAUGUCCUGCAAACACUGUGGAUGUGUGUGAAACAGCUCUCAUUUCCGGAUUAUGCUAGGAGCUUUUUUAACCACCACCUUGAUGAGAUGGUUCUUCAAAGCUUCUGCAGAGUUGGUCAAUGUUUUCUUUUGUUAUUUUGUCAAAUAAUGAGACAAAACUGCCCAAGGCUUGGGCGCCUGUUUGGCCCUGUGGUAAAGUGAUGUACUCCGAACACAGAGGCUAAAGCGGUUGGCCAUUUCUUACGUGUGAUUUCCAACUCCCUUUCCACUGUUCCCUGCUCUGUCCAUCAUGCUUUCUUCUCAGUAAAGGCCUAAAAGCCCCAAAUAAACUUUGAUAAAGGAAAUAAAAUGUACAAGGCUGCUCAGAGGGGCUCCAAAUGGAGAACUUUGAGAUUUGUUUUGCUCGCUCGAAUCAUUCAAGGUCUGAGAAUGAAAACAGUGAGCUGCAGAUGAGUUUGAUAAUUCCUCAUUGAAAUGUUUUGAUUACAGCUGCCACAAGAGUGCACUAUCAGCAUCAGAGUCCAGAGUUCGGCGUAUUCAUUGUUAGGAGUUUGUUGUUGAAGAGAGAGUGCAGAACUUUUCCUGCUGCAAACUCUGAGUUCCCAGUGUUUCCUCUGGUGUCCUCCUCCUCGUAUAGCAGUGUGUGCUAUCAGCUCUGGCCUUGUUAUCACUGCGUGACCGCUGGCAAAGGCUACAGGACACAAAGUUAGCAGCAAAACUUUUCCCACCGUUGAUCUGUCCUCGCUCUGUCAGCAGGGGGGGGACUCAGGGGCCCUGGAGCUGAUAAGACGGCUUUUUAGUCCGGCUUGCUGCCUGUACUGGGCCUCCUUCGUCUUCCCCUGAGUUUGUUAAUUCUGCUACUUCAUUGUGGCUGUGUCACCGGGCGAAUUUUAACUCGGGUUGUUUGUUGUGCUUUAUUUAUUUAUUUCUCCGGCUCUGUGUUUCUUUCACUCCGCUCUCCGCCUGGCUCUCUCCCACGUCUCUUUCCAGGCAAAAAGAAUUAAAAGCCAUUUAGCGCCGUCUCUCCCCCUGAGAACUGCUCUGUAAUUAGCAUAACUAAUUUAGCAGAAAUAUUUCCCUUUCUCGAAAAUUUGCUGUUGUGUAGGAGAGGGGAGGGAUGAAAUUAUGAUGUAGCGGAAAAGAUGUCUGCUUAAGUGUGUGUGCGUGUUCGCAUAUGAAAGCAUACAACAGAAGUGUGAAGGUAUGCAAUUUAAAAUAGUGUUUGUUUGUCUGGAAUCCAAGUCACGCUGUGUGUUUUCUCUGAUUACUGAUGUGCGAGUGCAUCUGCCUCUUGGUCUAUCUCGAUGUGUGUGUGUGCCUGCGAGUAAGUAUUAUCCCUCAUUUGUGUGUGUUUGCAGUUUUAUCUCAGUGUGUGUGCUUUGUGUAAGGAGACUUCUGUUGGCUGCAGCUUUAUCAGUGGUGACUCCAGCUGUGCGCAAGUGUUCCUCUGGGGGUGCUCUGUGUCCUGCUGCUGAUGCCAUACUAUCACCAGCCUCUUGGUCUCGCAGCUUAAGCACGCAUGAACACACAUGUGCACACACACAUUUGUGUAGCAUGGUGCAGGGUCACUGGACAGGAUCCAGGACUCAACUGAGCACCCCGCUCUGAUGCCAAAGGAUGUUUGCAGGAAGCAGUGGGCUCAGUCACACACAGGCGACGACCUUCAGUCAAAGUGUUCAGCUCAGAAAAAAAAAAAAAAACUGGCAGCUUUACAGAAACACACAUUUGACACUUUUUACUUUCACCAGCUUGGUGCCAUCUGAGGUCCAAAUUACAGUCACUUUUUCUGGUGCAUCCAUGAUUGUGUCAGUAAUAAUCUGGGUGAACUGACCAGCUGAACCAUUAGCUCCAAAACAAAAACACAGUCUGCACGGCCUGUCCUUACUCCAAAUAAAAGUCACACUGCUUUGACAGAUUGGCCAGUGUAAAACAAUCCAGAUGGAUCAUCAGCUGUGUAUGGAUGCGUUAGAGAAAAAGGGUAGUUAGAGACUCAUUAUCUUUUAAUGGAGGGUUAUGACUUUAUGAGGGUUGUGAAUGAAGGUGCAUGCUUCAGCUCUCAAAGGCCAUCUUUCACUCUGUCCUGUGCAGAUACUAACUCGGUUUCAUUUGUCUCUGUUAGAUAUUAGCACUUUUUGGGGAAUCCUAAGCUGGAUAGCUAAUGUCGUAUUUCUCCCAGGCUGCCAUCUCUGGUCUGGAGCAAUGAAGCAGAUGCCGAAGUGUUAAAAACUGCAGUUCCCCGAGUGCCCACUUGUUGCUGGCUUUCUCCAAAACAGUGUUUUAGCUAGUGGGCCAAGACCCAAGGUGUUCCAGAGUCUUAUUUUGGUAGGUUGUGAUGUGGUGUUAUGUGUCUGAUAGAUGCAUAUACAACAUAUACAAGAUACACAAUAAAGAUAUACAACAUGGUCUUGCGGUGUUACCAAUAGAGAUGGGUGAUAUGAGCUCAAAAAUUUAUCACAAUAAGAUUUGCCAUUCUGGCGAUAACUAAUUAAAGUGCUGAUAAGAAAUAUUAUAAUUUUGACUCAUUUUGCCUUGAGAACACCAGUUGGAAUAGUCAAAUAAGAUACUUAACCACAAGUUUAGUGGUAGGUUAUGUAAUGACAACAAAUCUAAAAUGUGAAAACGUCUUCAACAUUUGUUUAAAGCUCUUAUUACACAGAGUAAACAGCAGCAGAUCCACUGUCCGAUGUCAGGCAUACCUAAUUGCGCUCAUCUAAACCCCAUGCUUGAAGGAAAUCCCUCAUGUGGAUCCUCGUUCAGUAACGAGCUGCUCAGAAACGUCUUCUUCAUUACCUUCAGCCAUGUUUGUUAUUCUGCUCAGUGUGGGCUUUGGCUGUGAGUCCAUCGCUUGUGUUUAUGUCAACAACUUUUAUUUAUCGUAUUUAUCAUGAGAUGGCAAAUAUUUAUCUUAGGGGAUUUUUCUGAUGAUUUAUCGUGAAUGAUAAUUUAUCGCCCAUCCCUAGCUGCCAACAACCUCCAGUGUAAAACCUCUUUUGCAACAUACAGGUAAAAAAAUAAAAACAAACAAGCUUUAAAAACACAAAGAUGGCUAUAUCAAGAAAUCCACUUAUACAGAUGAGAAGAGGGUGGUAUACUACAUGAGCUACCUGAGGUUGUUCCCAUCAUGCAGCUGUGUUUAGAGGUGAUCUGAUUAUGGUUUGAUACCAGACUGAUCAGGGGCGAUCCUAAGUGGUUUCUUGAACCAGCCCAGUCUCCACUGGUGUUGUGCCAGCAUCAGGACUGCCUGACGUAGCGUCUCAUACACUCACUGACCUCUCACUUAUAGAACCUCCUCCUUACUGCUGGCAGCUCUCUUGAAAGAGUGUGUGUUUGUGUGUGUGUGUAUUUGUGUAUCUGUGUGUGAGGCUAAAGUUUCUGUCCCCACUUCCUAAAUCAUGACGUGAUUUUUUUGGCUUAACGCCGGGUCUCCUCCCUCCGUCUGUGUCGCUCUCUGUUUCUUUUUCUUAAUGUCUCUAAGGACUUGAUUGGCGGCGAUUAUUUCAUGCUGCUUUUGCUUCGUCAGCUAAGUGACAUCAGUCGAGACGGGAGAAUAGGCGAGAGCGAGGUGACUCUGCAGAGGGACCGCCCCCGCUGAAGACGGAGGGGCAGUAGAGACAAAAGCGAUAGGUGGGGGGCGGCAGGCCUGGUGGGCGAGCUUUUAUCAUAAUUACAGCCCCUCUCCAGUGGGAUGGAGAGGGGGAGAGGAUGAGAGUUGUGGGCACCGGCGAUACUGAGAGAUCAAGUCCAAAAGAAAUAAAGAGAGGAAAAUUUAAAGACAGCAGGCCAGCGGCGUAAAACAGUGAGGCUGGGGAAGGGCUGAUAAGUCAGGAUGAAAUAGUCGACCACUUAUGGAAUGACGAAGCUUCCUGCUGAGUUUGAACAAGCCCAUGUCUCAGUGGAGAGAUGGUUCUUCUGUUCUGUGGGAGGAUUUUACUCUACAGCCUCAGUAACGCUGGUCAUUAAAACUCAUGAUGAAACCUGCCUGACUCUGGCCUAAAAGCUGCUGACUGUAGCCAGCAUUAGAGACCUUAACCAAUCAGAUUGGACUGCUCAAUGAAGCUUUGAGUCUUUUUUUCUUUUUACAAGGUUAGUGAGACAUUUUCAGCGUCUCAUCAGAUGGUGUUUUUUGGUUUGGUUUCUUUGGACACUGUGUUUGUGAGUUGAUAUUUAUUUUUCCUUGAAGUAAAAGUAAAUGACUCCGUUGCCAAAAAAGACCUGCAGGAUUUAGAAGUGAAAAGUUUAGGAAGUCUGAUUAUAUUUCAAGUUUUUAGAUUUUUACACCUGUCUGAUUCUGUUAUCUUUACAAUAACAUGUUAAUAUUUACUGAGUGUCUUCCAUGGUGUACGUUGAACAGCAUGUGCAGGCUGAGGCUGGAGGGGGCAGUUUUGGAAGGGCCCAGUGUAUCAGCUGAGGAGCAGACUGAUGUUGAACUUCUCCACUCUGUGUUUUGAUCAGUUUUAAUCACUGGAUCUGUUUGUUUUUAGAGAGUUGAAGACCUCUCCGAAAACAGUCUGGUGGGAAAACUUGGAGAACAUAAACUGCAUAGAUUGUGUAACACCUCCAUGUAGGCUCUACUUUUUGAAGCAGGCUUUUGAUGCCUAUUGGCUGUGGUCGCCAUAUUGGAAAUACUCAAGUUAUCUUUUGGUCAACCUAACAAAGAAAAGAGGCAGAAUUGAGGCGAGCUGUGCCUCGAAUGAGGCCAAACUUGACCUCAGAAUAUUCAAAGCUAUUGAGUCAUAAAAAAACUGUCAACUAUGAGCUAUUCAGACUAGGGGUGUCCCGUUACAACUUUUUGACUUCUGAUAUUAUACCGAUAUUGUAGCCUUUAAUAUUGACUGAUACCGAUAUUGGUCCGAUAUUGGCACAAACUUGUGCAUGACAAGUGUUUAACUCAGCUGCAAUGUCUUUUCUUUAAACAAAAAAUACUUCCACAGGGCCAACAUCACUCUUACUCUUUGCUACUUUGUUAGUACCUUAGUACACACUGUUGUUGUGAUUACGUGGACUCAGCUUGCUGGAUAAGAGUGCUGCUAGAUAGAGGUGCCUGGGAUUGGACUGCUUGUAUUGAAGUACUGAUAUCUGAGAUUUUAGAUGCAGGCCGAUACAAUCUGAUAUAUUAAUUUUUUUGCUGAUAUCGGAGCAGUAUCUGAUAUCAAUAUUGUAUCGGGACACCCCUAAUUCAGACCAUAGACCUGUUGGGCUCUUUAGACUGGAUAAAGAGGUUUUUGGAGCGGCAUCAAAGGACUGCAGCUUUUGGGGCUUCCUGUUUUAACAUAAGACUUUGUUGAUAACACCUUGGGGCCAUCAUGACAGGGUUUGUAUGAACCACUAAUCCUGUCAUGCACUUUCUUAUUGUGCUUUUUCAAACUAUUUUCUUCACAGGGCUUUCCUUCUCUGUAAGAGUUUGUUUCUUUCAAAUCCAUGUGCCUUAAAAUAAUCUCAUAAACUCAGGAUCAACAAGCCACAGAUUCCCUUUAUUUACAUCUGUAUUCUCCACACAGCAGGCCCAUGGUGCCCAACCCUGCUGAUGUAGUGCUGUUUUUUAUGCCAAAGGAUACCAGAGGGACAAGAGAGGUAAAAUUGCUCAUUUCUGAGCUUGAUGUUCAGAAAGCACAACUUCAGCAACAUUAUGAUUCUUACUCUCAGUCCCUUUUAUUGAGGUGAUAUAAAAAAACAUCAAACACCUGGACUUGAACACAGCCAUGGAAAAUAAGCUCCAGUGAUCAUAAAGAGAAAUAUUUUGCUCUCGGUACAUCUGAUGAAUACUUGUAGACCAGAAGGCACAGAAGUAGUUUUUUUUUUAGCUCCAGUGAGAAGAAACUUUUGAUUUGUGUUCAUUUCCCCCCCUUUUGUAAAUAAAGCCGAACCUCUUAGUUUGACUGAUCCUGCCCUUCAUGUUUGUAGGUGACGUUUUCUGACAAACUGUUUCACCCUGCUUUCUUUUAACAAUGAAACAUGUCACUGGUUUUAAACAUUUUAAAAAGCUUUUUUAAUUAAGCCAAUCGCCAUGGUCUCACACCUCCCCUCAUCUCAACGGUUACAGGUAUUCAAAGUCUAAGAAUACAAAUAGUCAAUAUUGUCGUCAUUUGCUAUUAUAGGUCAUAAAGACGCAUCACUGUUGAUUUCAGUCUGUUUCAUAACCACUUAAAACUUCCUCUCAGGAGCUGUUAAAAUUCACUCUGUGUAUUCCAUCACCGUAAACUGCUGUCCCAUUUUUCAGACACUCUUUGUUUCUAAUGUGCCACAGUCUGUAUAAAGAAGUAGACUUGACCUACCGUGAGAUUAAACUAGUGAACAAGAUCAGGCGGUCAUCAUGAAAAAUUCACUGUGUUAAAUAUUGAAGUGUGAAGGAGGGUCAUUUUCCACAGACCUCCAUGAUCAUUCCUGCUGCAUUCACCUCAGUACGAAUACAGAUUCAAAGCAGCAUCUUCAGUGUUUAAAACCUGAGAGGCUUCUGGUUUUCUGUCUGUUUAGUGUUUUCAUCUAAAACAGUGAUAUCAGUAUGCAUGCAUUCGUCAGGCUUCCCUAACAAGUCUUUCAAGAGUCUUCAGCUGGUCCAAAAUUCUGCAGCUCGAGAAAGAACAGAACCAUCAGAAGGGAGUAUAUCACCCCUGUAUCAGCUUCUCUACACCGGCUUCCCAUUAAAUUUAGGGCAGAAUUUAAAAUUCUUCCUUUUACUAACAAAGCUCUUCAUGGUCAGGCACCUUGAUAUUUAAAAGUUCCCUUUUACUCCUCCAGAACAAUGCCAUCGAAACAUGCAGGACUGCUCAUCGUACCUUAAGUCCCUAAAAGUGGUCUGGGUGGUAGAGUGUUCAGUGAUCAGGCCCCUCUCCUCUGGAAUCAUCUACCAGUGGAGGUGCAGAGGGGCAGACACCUUCUCCACUGUUAGGAGUAGACCUAAAACUUCUCUUUUUGAUAUAGCUCACAGUUAGAGCUGGUUCAGGUCUGGGCCAGCUCUUAGUUAUGCUGCUACAGGUUUAGACUGCAGAGGGAACUGGCAAAUUGAGCAACUUUCUCUCCUUCUGUCUGUGUCAUUAACUUUGAAUCAUCAUGUCCCAUUAGAGUUACUAACACAGUCUUUUCUGGGUGUCCCUGAGCUCCAUCAUGCUGUAGCUUCCUCUGGAUCACUGCCGCCGAUGUUUUGCUGCCAUGGAUCUGUCUGCUUUCCAGCUGCAUCAGUCUCACCUCUGUCUGUCUCUCUCUUUCUUCAUCCCCUCUCUAAACCCAGUGCAGUAGCAGCAGAUGACUGUCUAACAUGAGUUUCGUUCUCCUCAAGCCUUCUGCCUGUUAAAAUGAAGUUUUUCCUCUUUAAAUUAAUGUUACCUACAACCUUUACCUUACAAGCCUUACAGUGAGCACAGUGCAAUAGUGUACCAUUUUUCAGUCUUUAAGCCAGCCUCUCUGAAACUGUCUUUGCCGCCCGAACAUCCACUUGUCACAUUUCUGUAACAUUACGCGACCUAGAAAAGAAACCCCUCCGGCAUUUCCUUCAUCUUCCUUCUUCAGAUUUCAUGCUAGUUCACUUCCUGUGGUGGAAAAUGAUUCGCACCACAGGCUGAUAUUAAAACCAAAAAUCAGCAUUGAUAAUUAUGAAUGUUCAGCUGAUGUGUGAUUAGUUUUGAGAGCUCUGGAUUGAAUGGAACGGUGGUUCACUCUUGACUGAUUUCAUAACACUGCGACUCAUGGCAGACAUAACUAAUCAAGCACUGGUCACUGUAUCAGGGAACAGUUUAUAGAGAAAUGAAGAAAAAAGUUCGCUCCACUGAUGCAAAUACUCUUGUGACCAAAGCAGACUUUUCCACCCCUCUUAAAAAGUCUGAGGGUUAUUUUAUCUCUUUAGUAAGCCAGCCAGUUAUUGGAGCUGCUUUGUGUAAUUACAGCUUGGACUAAUUUAAUGGCUGUUUAUUCUAAAUGCUGCCGUUAUUAUAAGGAAAUUGGGAUCAAUUACAUGAUCCUCCAAAUGCGAGAGUGCCUCUAUUGAGUCUGUACUUAUAUCUGUGCAUUAAAACAACCACCACUUUCAAUUGUAUAUAAAUGAGAGUGAUGCUAACCAACACUGAAUUUAAAGGUGUCUGCAGGUUAUUAUAUAUGUAUGCUGUUUGCUUUAAUUGCUCUUGUCACUACAUUUACUCCACAUUUAAUUUGAUACUGCAGUGAAGUCUUGCAUUUGGAAGUGGUUCUGUAGGUGUGUGAGAGUUUGGGGAAUGUGAGAGGCAGUCAUUACGGCUGGUUUAAGACUGAUAUUGAGAUUUCACUUAGGGAUCAGUCUGAACUUUUUAAAGUGGUUUCUGAAUAACUCCAGCACAAAUUGAAUUGUUGAAAAGAGAAUUCAUUUAGAAACUUUCAUAAAAAUAUGAUAACUUCAUUAGUAUUCAAAUUAAAUGAAACCCUCUUGUUGCCGGUAUUUAUGUCCACUUCUCUGAGUGUUUCUGCAUGGAUGACAUUGGAUGUUAUUCACACUUUCAUUCUCCUUGGCUUCUCUCUUUUUUAAACUUUUUUAGGAUUUAGUGUUGAUUUGGGCUCCACAGUGCAGACAAGCUAGUAACUAGUAACGUGCAUCACUGAAUUGAGUGAGUUGCAAGAGAAUAUGCGGCCAUUGGAAGAGAGUGUUUAAGUCCCACUCUGAUCGAAUCUUUUUUAAAUUUAAUUUUUAAAAAAUUUAUUUAUCGGUGGUCUUUAUAUUGUGAUUAUGAAGCUUUGAGCAAAAUCACGUUACCUGUGUCAUUCUCAAGGGCUUUUCGUCUACGGAGUUCCAGUAGCUCAUUAGCAAUUCACCUCUGAGUUGUAGGCAGAGACAGCGCUGCUCUGCACACUCCUCUUCACAUUAGCUUACAGCCUAACAUUGCAGGUGUAGUAGAAGUAGCAGGUGACAUAGGAACUAUUCAGCUCUCGGACACUAGUCUUUGGGGGAAUAAUGAAAGUUAAUAUCAUAAUGAGCUUUUUUAUGAGCAUUGCAAUUUGCUAAUGCACAGCCUGUUCGGCGAUCAUCCUCUCUACUUCUCGGAGUCUGGCCUGCAGAGCGGGGCGGCAGGGGCGCGGCUUGAAGUUGUGACAUAGAAAAUCCCACCGUGUCUGAUCCUGCUGUUUGGGUCUGCCAGAGAUUCACUGUGAUUUGAAUGAAGAAAUACUUAGAAAUACAAUUUUGCUUUUACUUUUCUCAUGAUCUGUCCUGUAGCAUGUGAGUGGGUCUUAAAGGAAAUCAUGUCAGGUUAUAAAAUCUUGCUAGACAGGUAUCAGCACAUUUAUGCUCGCUCAAAGCUUUCGUUAAGCUUCUACAGAAACAGCUGGCUGAUGCCACUGAGGUUUAACCAUGUUUUAUACAGCCCAUAUGUUUAACAAGAAGAGACAGUUUCAGUCUGAACAAGAGCAUCAGCCUUAAGCAACUGGAAUAGACAAAAAGUUUGGACAUUUGACAAAACUAUGAUAGCAAAGCUGGAAAAGUAUUCAAUGGUAGUAACCAAUGGUAUGGAUGCAGACGUAUGACAGUCUUUUCUUUCUGACUGAUGUUGUUGUCAGAGAAUGUCAAAAUAUUACAGAAAAAAGAGAACUUUCAUUUCCCAAAGCUACUUUUUCAAUGUUUACUGUCCAACAGAAAAACUCAAAUACACAGACUAUCUGAACUGUCAGAUUAAGAGCAGAAAAUGUUCACAUUCAAUAUUCAAUGUUAAAAACUGAAUAAACUGCCCUUUCUUAACUACUGAAUUUCCCUUCAGGGAUAAGUAAAGUUAUUCUUAUUCUGCUUGAAAAGUGACUAAAACAAUGAAUAACUUCUGUUUCAUUUUGAUUGGUCAGGCUUUUGAACAGUGCAGUACAUUUGACAUCAGUAAUUACCUUCGAGUAGAACAGAGGGGAGUUCUAAAAACAAAGUUUGGUUUGAACUUUGUAAGUCCAGUAGUUUUUUUAUUUUUACAGUCUUAUACCACAGUCAUGUUGUACCUAACCACUUCUAACUUUGAAUUUCACAUUUUUCCUUCUACACAUUUUUAAACAAAGCACUCAUAAUAACGUGACGCUACUUUCAGGAUUUGAUUCCUGUCAGGGUUUAGAAGCAUCUGGAAGAGUGAUUCGGACCAUCAGGGGACAGUGAAACUCUCCUGUCAAACCCAGACUUAUGAAAAUCUUUCAUGGGUGUAGGUGGUAUUAAAAAGAUUGACUCACCCUUGGUAAAAGUUGGUUCACUUUCCAGAUGGCUCAGUUGCUCUUAUGAAAUUCCUCUUCUUCGCUUUUUUCGUGAAAGAUAAAAUUGUAAAUAAACACAAGGCCCUUAUUUGCUUGCUCAUCAUUAGCUCUAGAGAGCUUUUAUAUACUCUACAGAUCAUUCAGGAAUAAAUUCAUUCUUGGUUAUUACAGAUUUAUAAAAUAAAAAGUUGAAAAAUUGAAUCCUUAAUAAGGUAGGAUAAGGAAGAUCUUUCAUCACAGAAUCUGGACCGUCUUAAUUUGGAAACCAGGUUCUCUGAUAUGCCCCGUGUACCUACAGUAUGUGUGGCAUUUUUAAAAGCUUGCAUUGUGAAUAAAGUUAUAUAAGUUUCAUGUUAGUUUUGUGAAAUUAAUUUUCCCCUUACUGAAUUAACACCUGAAGUUAUCUGCCUGUCCAUAAGGCACGUUGAUAUUUCUGUGCCAUUAAAAUGUAAAACAGACUAAGUGUCAAACUUUUGUCCUCUUAAAGAACUAAAAGGGAUCAGACUGUGCAGAAGAUCAAACAUGAUACAGAUGGGAAAAAAAAAAAAAAAUCUGUGCUGCUGUCUGACAAUGGGCUGGAUAGCGUGAGAAUAAUGUCAGUAAGUAGUAAUACUCUGACUAAAGAUAUAUUUCCAUGCCCUUGCCAGACUUUAAUAAUUCAGCAUGAAAUUCCUCUUUCAUUAGCUUAUGUAACCCCAGUGCAGGGAUAACCCCAGCAGGAGAAAUUUCAUUUCAUUCUGGUCAUCUCCCCGCUGAAGUCCUCUGUGGUUUGGGAAAUUUAACUCAGUCUAAGAACGAAGAUUUAGGAGAUUCCUCUUUAAGAUGUGUUUGAUGGGAGCUUGUAGCCACCAGGGGAUUUUCUUACCUUCUUUAAAAAAAAAAAAAAACAGAGGAACAACACACUUUCAGCAGACGUGUGAUCACAGGAAACUUACGCAUGCUUGAAAAUAUGUGAAAACUGUCAUUGAUCUUUCAAGACUGCAUCAGGAAGUCUUUCUCUCCACUAUAAGGCUACCUUCACACUGCAGGUUAUGAUACACAAUUUGGAUUUUUUGUUAAAUCUGAUCUUUUUGUGCGGUUGUUCACAUCACAACACCGAAUGAGGCAUCCUAAUAAGAACGGAAUGCGUCUGUGAAGUGACCCGCAUGCACACAAAGCACAAAUUGGUUUCAGCGCCUGUUUGUGUUGUCGAACAAUGGUGACGUUUGUCGCAUAUUGAUGAUGUAUAGGUCGGAUGAAUGCGACCUGAGUGUUCACACUGCAGUCACAUCGGAUACAUAUCUGAUUUAGAUCCACUUACAAUAGAGGCCUGAGUCGGAUUUUACAAAAUCAGAAUUGCACUGUUCACACUUACAUGAAAAAAUCUGAUAUGUGUCACAUAUGGUAAAAAAUCAAAAUUAACCUGCAGUUUGAACAUACCCUUAUUUUCAAUGAAUUCUGCUUAAUUCCAUACCAGUUUGUCUCACACUUUGCAUUUGUUGUCGCUAUUGUGUUUGAGAUUUACGGAAAGGUUUGGAGGCAAACUUGGCUCACUGGUUUAGUUUAAUCAAGUUUUACUUUCUUUUGGGUUCAAGACACUGGGAGAUACUCCUUUCUUUAAGUCCAAAAGAUGGAAUCUUCAUAAAUUUGUUUACUUUGCGCAGGCAUCUCAGGAUGUGCAUACCUUAUGUUUAACUUAUAACAUCCCAUUGUCGAAGUUAUCUAGGAGCGGGAGAGUCCACUGAUUUUGGCGGUUAACUUUAUCUGAUUGCAUGAGAUUUUCACAGGAUUUUGAAGUAUCUUGCUUAGUCAGGAAAAAAACAUUGUCUGAAAAACAGAAAGACGAAAAAGAAUAGUACGAAAAACAGAAAAAAAUCACAUGAAAAACAGAAAGAGAGGAAAAAAUAUUACGACAAAAAACAGAAUAAAAAAAGAUUGCGUAAAGAUUUGUUAAAAUGUCAAAAUAAAAAAUUUGUUGGUAUUUUUCAGGAUACUUUUUUAAUCCUAUUGAACAAAUGUGUAUUCAUCUGGCACUCUGGACAUAAAUGUACAUCAUUUUCAUGAAAUGAAACUCUGUUAAAACGUGUCAAUAUGCUGAUUCAUUAGGACUCUACUUGCCUUUAAAUUGAAUUGUAAAGUUGAUUUGUCACUUGAAAAAAAAUUCUUGCCUCAAAGAAAAAAAAUUCUGUUUGUUGAGAAAGAGGCUAACCAAUUUGUAGAGAUCAGAUUCAGAUUCACUUUUCAGCACCACAGUGUGAUGAGCAAUACCAGGUAAAGUGAUGAUCAUCUCAUGGCAACGUUCAACAGAGAAAUACUUUGAUAGUAUUAACAUUUUUGGUUUUGAGUACAUAAUUGAGGGCUCCAUUGAUCUGUUAUGAUUUUCUUAUACCAUAAAUAUACAGUACGUUGCAAAAGUUGAAAAAAACACCAGUUUCUUUAGCUGUAGAGCAGCCCUAUUUCUAGCAAUUCCAUCAUAAGUUCCUUAAAGCAGAAAGAGUCAUUUGGUUUUUGAAUGUGAUUCUGUCUCUCUGUCUCUACAGAUGUUUUUUCCCUGAUCUUUUUGUUCACCGAACUAUAAAGAAAAGAAAAGAAAGUUAGAGAAAUACUAAGGCUUGUAUCCUUAUUCUGACCUCCCCACCUCUCCUCUUGUCUCCCUCAGGCCCACCUUCCGUUACUUCACCUGGCACACCUGCGUGUUGGGCAUAGUGGGCUGCGCUGUCAUGAUGUUCCUGAUCAAUGCCAUCUACGCCUCAGCCAGCAUCGCCUUCAUGCUGCUGCUGCUCCUGGUGAUUCACUACCUCAGUCCCACGUCCAGCUGGGGCUACAUCAGCCAGGCUCUCAUUUUCCACCAGGUCUGACACACACAAAUACACACAUACAAACACACACUCAGACGUACAAUCUCAAUACUGCAUUGUCAUUACCAGAGCAACUAAAAUCUCAUCCCCUCAGCUUUACAAGAGCCUGUUCCUCUGCCAAGCAAUCGUUCCAUCAGGUUUAUAGAGACAUGCAGACACACACACACACACACACACACACACACACACACACACACACACCAGCAGACAGACAGACUGAUGUUUGCUGCCUCUCCCUCAGCCAAACCCCCUGCGUUUAGCGCACAAACACACACACAUUUCCCUCUCUGUCUUUUUUUGCCUGUGCAUAAACACUACACUGCCUGCUUGUUCCUACAGCAGCUAUCUAUCAUGUUUAUAUCAGGUUUACCAGACACACACACAAACACAUCUGCAUCUUUUCCCUCAGCACAGCUCUCGACAUUCAUCAUACACACACACACACACAGACCCACACAUACAAAUCCACAGAGCUUUACAUCAUCCAGCGCUCCGUGUCCUCUAUCUGGCGAGCCUGUUGCUCUCAAGGAGAGAGGGCACUGUUGCCAGAAGGGCCCGCUGCCGAGGGGAUCGGCUGCCAAGGCUGCGGGCAGGGGUUGUGGGCAGGGAGGGUGGUGAGGGUGGCUGGGUUUGCCAGCAGCUUGUCAGGAGGCAGAACAUUAUUACAACCACUUAACUUAUUGAGCUUUCCCUCCUCAUCCGCCCUUCCUCUUUUCCUUCUCUAAUCCUGUUUUUCUUCUGGUGUUUCUCUGAACCCAAAGCUGAAAGAGUGGCACAGAGAGCCACAGCCCCCGCUCUUGAAUCUGAUUGGUCAGCCUCUCCUUUCAGCGACAGAAGGUGAUAGGUAAAGAGAAGGUCAGACAAUAUCCCGAGGAUGUAGUUCUGGGUGUUCUGAGAUGGGUAAAAUUUAAUAUAAAACCCAUCCAAUAGUAAAACAUCUUGCUGAGAAAUCAAUGAUGAAAUAUUUAAAAGAUGCCUGUUUGGCCUCAGGGAAAGGGCAUGAAGCCGUGAUCCCAGCCUAUCAUCAGAAAGUAAUGAGGAGUCGGCUUAUUAGUAUCAUGGAUAGAUUAGAAGCCAAGGGGCACCCAGACCAGACCCCGAGUAUAAGUGACUGUUAACAUUUACUGUUCGAAAGACCAUCAGUUUCCUGAAAUGAGACACUAAAGAAAACCAAGAUAACUGGAAACAUUACAGAGAGGAGCACAAAGGGAAAGGAGAGGCAAAACAACAACUAGAAUAUCAAAUUGGUGGACAUAAGGACAAGAACUUACAAAAAGGGAGCACAAAAUGAACACAAAGAGUUCCCAAAAUACAAAAACAUAUAAAUAACAAGAGAAACGGACACAAAAACACUCAGAAUUAUCACGAAGUGGAUCACAAAAUAGGAAAAACUCACUUCAAGGUUGUUCACAAAGACUCUGGAAGAAACUGAAAGCAACCGCAAAGAGAAGCAUAUCAACCAUAGCAUCAUAAAAUACAAUUAAGGGACACAAAAGACUACUUAGUGAGCCCAAAGUCCACAGUAUCAGCAAAGAGAUCACAAAGAGAAUUCACCACAAAAACACAGCAAAGUCCUGCAAAUUACUGCAAAAUGCAAGAUGAGGUCAAGAAGAUACAUGAGGACCAACAAGGGAGGCCAAGAGAGCACAAACAGGCUGCACGAUGACAAAAUCUAUGUAGAUCUAGAUAACUGUACUAUAAGACUGUCUGACAGAGCACACAUCUUUAGGUGCAUUAAAGCUAAGUUUGUACAAACUCGCACAAAGAAAUCUAGAAUUAUUACAGCUCUAAAAAGUUCAGUUUUGUCACCACAAAGUGAUUGAAGAUGAUUUUAAGAAGGUAUACAAGUUCCAAUUGGGAAGCAUGAAGAAAUAAAGAACAACCUUUUAGCGCUGUUUGUAUUCAUGUGAGUACAGAUAACUCGAUAUAAAAACUUGGGGUGUCCCGAUACAAUAUUGAUAUCAGAUAUAAGUCUGAUAUCAGCAAAAAAACUAAUAUCGGAUUAUAUCGGCCUGCGUCUAAAAUCUAUAUCAGCACUCCUAUACAAGCAGUCAAUUCCAGACUCCACUCCAGCACCUCAAGCUAGCAGCACCCUGAUCCAACAUGCAGAGCCCACGUGAUCACAACAACAGAGUGAACUAAGAUACUAACUAAGUAGCAAAGGGGUAAGAGUGAUGUUGGCCUUAUGGCAGUGUUUUUGUUUAAGUCUGAAAAAGACGUUGCAGCUGAGUGAAAAUCUUGUCAUGUACGAUUGUGUGCCAAUAUUGGUAUCAGUCAGUAUUGAAGGCUAUAAUAUUGGUAUCGUAUAACAAGUCAAAAAGCUGUGUCGGGACACCCCUAAUAAAAACCCAUCAGCAGCUACUAGAAGUUUAGAAAAUGUGCCAAAAAAAAACUCUGAGUUUCAUGGAGACACAAAAUUAAAAUAGAGUGCUGAUUAAAUAAAAGUCACUACAAGAAUAUCCACAAGGACCAAAAGACAGACAAGAGCAAGAAAAGAUGAAAACAGCCAUAAAGACUUGAAGCAAAUGAGUCAAUGGCAAAUUAUACAAAAGCCCCUAAUAGAGAAAAAAAAAACUCCACAGAGCAAUGCAAAACCACUGUGUGGAAACGCACAAGAAUCAAAACAGCUGUAAGUAGACAAAAAGAGAAGCAAAAUGAUCAUAAAGAGACAGAAGAUGGUUUUAAAGCGAUACAAAUACCAACUCAGAGACACAAAAGGUACACACAGGGGAGCACACAAAGACACAAAAUGACCACAAACACUCCUGUAGAAGUGAAACCUCAACUACCUGGCAUGGAUCCCAGUCCUGUUAAAAGGAUUAGGCUAAUUGGUCUAGCAGGAGACUUCAAGUGUGUUCACAUGUACAUAUCUGUAGCAUGUCUUCCUCUCCUUUUCCCUAAAGCACAAGCAUGUGUGGCAGGGCGCCAACUGGGUGACAUUGAAGCAGAGACGAGAGACACAGUCGCUCACACAAAAAUAAAACACACUGAGAGAUAACGGGCGGCUGACAACAGUGUUUAUGAGAAAAAGCGAAGGAAGGGAAAGACGAACCAAGGCAAAGAACGCUGAUGGUAUCAUGGCAGGGAAAGAUACGGGCAGGCAGAGGGGAUGAGUGAUGGAGAAACUAAGUGAUGGAUGAGAGUGACGCGACGGAGAAAUGAUGAUAGCCUGAUGGAUGAGAAGACGGGGAAAUGGCGAGAUAAAGAGAGACAGAUGAUUAGAUGAGUGGAGGCAGUUGGACGAAGCCUCUGAGGCCUCGUUUUCUUGGUUUUUAUGGCAAUUACGGAACGAGAGCAUGAAAACGGUUAUGGCGAUUAUCGCGGCAUCAAUGCUAGAAAUGGCUGCAUCUUCACUUUUGAUUGAUGGCUGUUUAAACACACGUGAACCCUCUGCAGCCCCAGGACAUUGACCCAAAUUUGAAUUGGUUGAGACGUUCAUUACUCGUAUGAUUUUUCUCAUUCUUUAUGGGCUAGAAAAUGCAGCAUGAAAAACAGUCACCGUUUUAUAGUAUAAAGAGUCGAAGUGAGAACAGAUUAAAAGAGUUAUGGUUUCCAUUCAGUACUCAAAGAACUGAAUCUGGCUGUUAGACCAACAAAUUUCACAUGUGGGACAUGUUUCCCCUGAGCUAAUGGUCAUUAAUUCCCUUUACGGUUGAAACGGAGAGAUAAUCAUUCCUGGGACAGCGUAGGUUUGGAUUUAAUGUUUGGUUCCUCCUGAUUACACACCUAUAAUGGUACCUUGAUGUCGACUCAUCUAAGCUCUAACAGAAUCAUAAUGAUGGCUCUGUCAGAGCGUGCACUGCAACGUACACUCUACAGAUGGGCAUGUUUUUAAUGUAUAUGGAACAGGUUUAAUGGCCCUUACUGUAUUAGCACACAUGCUCAAGUGUGCACAGUCAUGCAUUGAAACAUUUUGAUUCUGCUUCACUUUCUAGGCGUGUACAUGCUGUCCUCCUAUUAUAUGUCUUCUGAUAGAGACACCAUGUUGGAGUAAAGUCAUUCAGACUUUGAUCCCUCCAUAGUGGUUUUACCCAAGUGGCAAUGAGAAAUGAAGCCAAUGCAGAAGUGCCAAAAAUUGCAGUGCCCCCUAGAGGUUGUCUGCAGAAGAACCAGAAACCAUGUACACACUGAGCCAAAUUUUUAGAGCAAAAAUAAACACAACAAAAUAGAGCCUGGUUAAAAAAAACUGUUUUGGUCUGCAAGCUCAGGGGUCCCACAGCACUGGCUGUAGAGGGAGUGAGUUUAUGUAACUAAUUUAUGUCGAAAUUAUCAAGGUUAGAUGAUUGGCAAUCAGAGGCUCUGCUGACUUGACUGACAGGCUGCCUCACUUGCAAGGAGGCUUAAAGCCUGCCUCAGAUAGGCUGAGUCAGCAUUUUCAACCAUGGUGACUAUCACUGAUAGGCUUAAAAAAACUCUGCUUCAGAAACAGAUGGUGAUGUUAUGAAGGCUACAUCCAGUCACGAUAGUUACACAGAGGAUACCAGGGUACAAAGGUGGAGACGGUCUCUACUAACAAUUGGAUCCUAUUGAUUCCCAGAUCUAUUAAGUUCUAACUUCUGAUAAAAGUCACUGAAACUGUUUGAAACUCCAGAACCUUGACUAAAAUGACUUUGCAGUAUAAUAUAUAUCUUUGCAGGUUGUUUAUCUGUUACAGAACCUCCUCUAUAUCUAAUCUUUUAAAGCAUUCCUUUAAGGUUUAAGUGGUAUUUAUAUUCACAUAUAGUUCUCUUUCUUAACUUUCUGAUCAUUUUAUGCUUGCAUCACAAUUAAAUCACUAAAUCAGCCAGGCUGAGCCUCUGUGUGUUGGUUAGAUUACAUACUUAUAUCUGAAAUAUAUACAGCACCUGCAUUUCAUUUUACUCCAGAUUAGUUCAUUAAACCAGCCCUCAUUAUAUUCUUUAACUAGAGUGAUUAAUUCAACAAAUGUAUUUUCCUUGUGCAUAAGAAAUGAUACAGCGUAUAGAUGUGGAAGUCAUUAUUGGGUUUAUUAAAGGCUGUUGCAUGAACCCUGUGUGAAAUCUUAAUGGACCAAUGAUCUAGAAAAAGUUACUUCCCCUUUCUGCACACGUCUCCAAUCUGGGAGGGAGAGCAAAACACACAACAGACUUUUAAUGUGUGGAAGAGCUUGUCUUUAUAUACGACCAAUUUCUAAUUACUUCAUUAAAAUUCUGCAGCGAUUUUAAUGUAUUAGAAAUGUCACAGUAAAUCUCAGGGCCUGCAAAGAUGUUUUAUUCAACAAAAUGUAAGAGAUCUCUUCUGCAUUGUGUCAGAUGAUGGGGACUCCUCUCUAAAACAUCAGUUUACUCCCACAUAUGGAAGUAGAGAUUUCUGAAUAUCAGCUGCUAUAGUAAUUCUGUGUUGUCUCACAGGUGCGUAAAUACCUCCUAAUGCUGGACGUGAGGAAGGACCACGUGAAGUUCUGGAGGCCUCAGGUCCUGCUUAUGGUUUCCAACCCUCGCAGCAGCGUGGGUCUCAUCACCUUCAUCAAUGACAUUAAGAAGAGCGGCCUCUACGUGCUGGGACACGUCCAGCUGGGAGAUCUCAGUAAGGAUGAUAACAUUUAUUCAGACCUCACAGGUGGACCUGCAGCUUCGUGUCAGUGUUUCUUGUGUAACAAUGCUGCCUCUUCUAUGAACGUUAUUUGUGGCCUCUUCAAGCUAACACUUUAAAUCACUCAUGGAGUAGAUUCUGGGCUUGUGUUUUGUUAGUCAUAGGUCUUUAUUUUUUAUCUUUGACAAGCUCUUUCAACAAAGAAACACAGGAGCUGAAGCACUGCAGGCUGCAUACUAAACUAGCGUCCCUUCAGAGAUCAUUAAGACAUUUCAAAACGACACUUCAAUGUGUGAUGGUAUUUUCUCCUCUCAAAAAACGUAGAGUUAUGAACCAGUUAACACAUUAAAUAAAGCCGUUUUGUGUUUGAAAAUGAUUCUGAUGCGUUUCAGCUGCAAGAGAACCUCAGGAAGUUUUGCAAGGAGACCUGUUGCUUGUUUGUUGCUGAGUUUGGUUUGAGAUUAGGAUUAAAGUAGUGCAAAGCAUUCAUAACACUUAAAUCCAGAGCAAAGACAGCAGCUGAAGUGUCUUUUUCUGGGGAAAAAAAGAGUAUUUGAAACCAGUGUAUGAAUACAGCAGCCCUACUUCAGAGAAUAAAUAUCAGUUUGUAUUCUCUGUCCAGAGGCUUCAGGGUUUUUUUUCUUAAGACCUGUCGAGCUUGCUUCCUCCUUCUGUUAGAAACCACUUUGUGAGCCAGCCUCCGCCCCAGCUCCUCCUUUUUAUGCUCAUAUGUAUCAUAGUGAUCUGCUCUGUUCUGUACUCCAGAGGUCUGUGCUGAUGCUCUCCCUGCCUGUGCUCAUGUGGAAAGGCAAGAGGCUCUCAGAUUGGAGCCAUACCACCAAGUACAAGACGCUGCAUGCAAAUAAAAGCUUAAUUCGACGAAGGAGUUCUGAACAAAGUUAAACAUAACACCUAUGAGACUCACACGGGAGUUAGAGGAAGGAAACAAACAGAUGGAGCUCCAAAUGAGCAAUAAAUCUGACUCUAUUGACAAACCCUGAGUUGGUUACAGCCAUAUUUAGCUUAAACCCAGCAGCCAUGAUGGAUCAAACUCUGUCUGCGAAGCAUCAUCAUAAGUUUGUCGUUUCUCUCUGAGCAAUCACAGAAACAGCUUUUGCUUCCAAACUUCUCUUGCAUGACAAAGUAGGUUCAUCAGGAGUACUUGAGCGUUUUCUUCUGCACCAUUUCUCAUCCAAAACAGCACAGUGUGACAGGCCGACUAUUAAUUAUGAGCAAAACAAAUCAGUGACGGCGGUGGGAUAUAGUUUUGUCGCAUAAUUUAACAUUAUUAUGAUAUUUAGAAGCUGCACUGACAAAACUAAAAGCUUGUUGUUUUGGCUCUUAACUUCAACAUUGUUGUAGAAUUUUAACAAGAUAAAGCUAAACUAUUCUUCUGGAGAAGAAGUCGGAGUGCUGCCACUUUACAGAAGUGUCUCUGUUUAGAGCUGACUUUAAAGUACUUUGAGGAAAUAUGUCAUUAUACAAAUUAGCAAAAUGCGUCCUUAUUUCACUGUGAGUCAUUCAACGGAUCUUUUUAGCAUGCUAGACUUUUCCCCAUGAUCCCCACUGCUGCUUUAUUUCGAUGGAAGUAAUCACUCACACAAUGCUCCGGAGGCGUCUCCUUUCUCUCUCAGCAGAAGAACACUCUCUUACAUUUUAAAGGAAGCGGGGUCACUGAUUGUUUUCUUUGUCUUAUGAGGAUUUUGUUGGGGGGGUUAUAUCUUGAUUAGAGACUGGGACCGGCCAUGAAUAGAGUCUUCAGAAUCCAAAUCCUCUGAGUGCUUCACAGCGGCAAAAGAUGACAUGUUCAUUAGCGAGUGAAGAGCCCCUCUCUCAUUUUGAGUACUGACGAAGCACUUGGUCUUGGAAAAUAUGAAAAAGUCAUUUGUUCAGAUAAUUAUUUUUAAGAGGACUAUGUUUUUGAGGACUUGGUUGCGGCUCUAAUGUCUUUAAAGAUUAUCAAUUUAUUCUCACAGAUGUUUGCUUUCAGGCUGGUGCCAAUUAUAUUUAUAAAGGGCGUAUAAUGAAAAGAAAAUGAACAUCGCAGCCUCCUUCACUCUGCGAUAUGAAUUGUAAUACAAAAAUAUUUACAAUAUUUCUCCGGGAACAUGCUGGAUGGUAUUCAUAAACAAGUCUGGGCUCUGUUUAAGUGUACAAUGCCUGCAUGGACACGUGAGGAGAAAACACAUGGAGCGAUAUUUGGGAGAACAUCUUGUUCUUGACAGACUCUCUCUGUCACACUUUUGGUGUUUACAUGUAAUCUACAGUUUCUAACUAUGCUUCAGUGUUUGCUUAAUCUGUUAUUUAAGAUAAAAAAGCUGCCCAAACACACCUGAGGAUUAAACACAUUUGGAUUUACAACCCUGAGAUAUAAAGAUUUUGAAUACACCCAAGUUUAAUGUCUGUUUAUAAUGUACAGAGCAUUGAAAUUGGGCCUCGACCAGCCGGGUGACUUUGGCUUUUCAAAAUAAAAGUUCAGGCUCUGUUCUUGCUCUGCACAUGACUCCCACAACACAACUCUAAAGUGAGUCACAGGUAGCAUAAACAUAAAGAAACAGCACUUUAUCCUGCAUUCUCCUAAAGACCAGCAGAGGGUGCCUCACAGGUUUCAGAGAGAAGUUUGAUUGUAUGAAACUAAAAAGGUAAUUGGCCUUUUUUUUUUUUUAACCACAUUGGUAACCUCAGAUUAGUUGAUUUGUCACGACACCGAGGUUUGAAUUUUGAUACAACACCAGCAAAAGCAAAACAAACAAAUAUAUAUAUGUAUAUGUUAUGAGUGUGAAACAUUUUGUCGUCAUUUUGUAGGAGUCAACAGUCCGUAGGGUAGUUGUUGGAGAAAGUUCAUGGAGUCUUAAUGACUUCGCUGUCUGUCUCACCACCCUUAAGGUCCUUACACACCAGGGCCGAUGCGAAGAAUGCGAAAUUACGAAAUAUUUGCGCCUGACUAUACACAUUAAGCCCGAUGCGAUUCUGCAACUUUCCGUGUGGAAAAAGAUGCAUCCCGAGUGGAAGCGAGAAGACUGACACAACACCAGACUGACUGUUUUUCAGUUCUGAUUAGACACUUGUGUUGAGAUGUCUGUCUGUCAUGAUAGCAUGUACUGAGUCGGGGCCAGUAUCAGAUAAGAACAUUAAACUAUAUCACAUGAAAAAAACGCUCCCGGUGUGUAAGGACCUUCAGACGUGAACGUCACCUGCCUUUCUUAGACGAUCAAAAGACUUUCCUAAUGUCAGUAUCUACCCACCUGUGAAGGAGGAGAGUCAGUUGGAGAGGUUGUGGUGGAGGGCGGAGCAGCAGAGAUACACACAGCAGGCAGAAGGAAGCACAGCUCCCCUCACCUUCCUGCACAUUUUUGCUUUAUUCACUUUACCUUCACUCCCUCUACUUGCAGCAUUUUUUUCCCUAAACCUCGGUGCUUAUUGUGACUGUCAAUUGGAAAAAUUAAUUAUCAUCAUGAUUUUACCGCCACAGACCCUGGUUUCAAGUCUUCUUCAUUAAAACACAUUGUCCUUUUUGUGACCACUUGUCCUAUUUGGGACACCUUAGCAGAGAUUAAUAAGUAACUACCUAUGACACCUGUAUAUAAGGACAGAGGUGAAAUAGUGAUUACACAGCACAUCCUCUCAUCCAAAUCUGGUCUCCCCUCGGCUCUACAUAAACAAGAUGGUAACAGGAACUGUCCAUGAAUCUUGCUGUUUGCGUCUUAAAAAUAAAUACUGCUGGUUUAUUUAUUUAAUUUUUUUUUUUGGGGGGGGGGUGAUGGAUCACCUUCCUGCCUGUUGGUUCCCCCCUGUAUUUUACUCUCUGUCUCACAUUCUGCCUAACCAUCACUUGUCCUCGUAUCUCCCUCUCUUAUUGCCCCCCUAGCCCCCCACACCUCAGGAUCUUGUCUCAUAUCCCUCUCAUGCUGUGCCUCUAAUUCCAGCUCUGUCAGACCGACUCUUUUACUCUUUCCUCCGACUUGAAUUUCCAUUGUUCUCGGCCCUCUCCCUCUGAAUACUAAAAUGCUGCUGUUGAGCUGUCAGCUUAUACCGUUUUGUUGUCUCCCUCUCUUUCACAGAUACUUUACCCUCAGACCCUCUGCAGUCCCAGUACGACUCCUGGCUGUCUCUGGUCGACCAUCUAAACAUCAAAGCGUUUGUCAACCUGACGUUGUCUGACACAGUGCGUCACGGAGUCCAACAUCUCCUCUUCAUCUCUGGGCUCGGUAAGUGUCUCCGUCAUGAUCAUAACAUGUCUCAGUUUAUAAAUCAAAGAUGGAUGGUCGGCAUGGAAAUCUGGGAUUCAGGUAUUCAGAUGUCAGAUUUGUUUGACUUUGGCUUUAAAUGAUUUCCUGGUAGUUUCCUUUAAGUAUACCUUUAAAAUCAUUAGGAUUGUACUCUAGCUCCCGUGGUUAUAAAACUCAGAAAAGUUUUAAGGAGGAAUGAGAAUAAUUCAAUCAGCAAUCCACGCAUGCCUUAAGGUCCUUACAAACCCGGACCGACGCAAAUAUACAACGGGAAAUUACGAAAUAUUCGGAGGCGAAUUUUGACGCGCCUGACUAUACACAUCAAACGCGAUGCGAUUUUGCGACUUUUUUGGGGGGAAAAAGACGGGGGGAAAUAUUGACGUCAGAAAUAAUCGCACAAAAAAAACACCCGGUGUGAAAGGACCUUUAGAGCAACAAUUUCAACUGCAAAUAAACAACCAGAGUUUGUUGGUGCAAAAGGGAUGUCUUAUCAUGGCUGAAAAUUUAGGAUUUAUUAUCCCUGUCUGUUCAUAUAGAGUAAACUUUGUACUUUAUUGAUUAUGAGUACAAACUCUCCAUCCUUGCACCAUGUAUAAUAAUUGUAACUGUGUAUCGUCGGUAGUCUAAACCCACACACCCCAGCAACAAAAAGGGUCUCCAGGAUUAAAGUCCGGUCAAAAAUUUAAUCCAUAGUUAUCUUACAGUGUAAAAGCUGCGUUAGGAUCUUUUUUCUGUCUCAAGUUCACUGAUAGAAUAAAACUGAUUUGACCGAGGUCAAACUUUCACUUACGCAUCCAAAAGUCAGUAUAUAAAUAACGCAGACUAUAUAAGGUAGAUGGAUUCAAAGAUUGACAGAAUGACGGAUGUGUGCCAAGAUUUGUUCGAAAUAAGUUUCAAAUAUUUUACUGACUUGAUUGUUCUUUUUAGAGGAUUCAUUGUAAAUAUAACUGAAUAUUUUUCUUUUUCUUGAAACCAACACUUUGACUUCAUUUGGCGUCAAUACUCAAACCCCUCUCAGAUCCUGGUCUCCAGUCACCAGACAUCCUCUUAUUUCAGUGAUUUUGCGUCAAACGUCACUUCAGCUGUCAGUGUUUACACUUCAAAUGAAUCUUAAGCUUAUUUUUUUGUAGUUUUCAUUUUAGCUUCCUUUUCAACUCGUCAGUAAUUUGGUCUCAGCUGCCACUUUGACUCUGAAGCAUGCUCAAAUUUUAUAAAGACUAUCUCGUUUGUGAAUUCCUGCCUGUUUUUACGGGGGUGUUGCUCUUUCAGUAGUCCAAUUCGUCCUGGUUGAUUCAGUUUUGUUUUUGACACUCAGCAGAUGUUUUCAUGUUUUUUAAUAUGUUUUCCUCUAAAGUGGAGCCUCAGACUUGAAUGAGAUCUGCCUUUCUGUGCUUUUCAUAUUUUCUGUCCUUCCUGAGAGUUGUCACUCAGGUCUCACUUUCACCUCUCUUCCUUUCUCAAUCACUCUCAUAUUUUAUCUCACGCCGCACAUUUCUGUUUGAUUUAAUGACUAACCCUCUGCUCCUCACUCAAUUCAAUUACUUCAAACAGUAUUUGACUGAGAAUUUGGAGAAUGAUUCAUCUAACUCCUUCUACUUCUCUCUCCUUACUCUCCUCAGGUGGGAUGCGUCCUAACACUCUUGUCCUCGGUUUCUACGACGACUGUCUGCCCAAAGACAGGCUAAUAGAUCCAACCGUCAACAACAACCAAUAUCCAAGUUCCAUGGACUCCAUACAGGAUCAGGAGCAACAACCCCCUCUUUUCCACUUUGCCUCACUGCGGGGGUCCGGUGACAGGCAGGAUUAUGGUGAUUUUGGGGAUGGGAAAGCUCUUGGAUCUCAGGAGUACGUAUCAAUCAUAGCUGACGCCAUGAAGAUGUUAAAGAAUGUGGUUCUCGCCAGAUACUUCAACAACUUUGACCGAGCCCAGGCCCUGUCCCCGCCCUCUCAAAAGAGGGUGUAUGUGGACGUCUGGCCGGUCAAUCUCUUCCGUCCUGACAGCUGUAGCUACGUCGACACGUGCUCGCUCUUCUUGCUCCAGCUGGCAUGCAUCCUCAACAUGGUGAGAGCCUGGCGCAAAGCUCGGCUCCGCCUCUUCCUAUGUGUGGAGGAAGGAAGAAGCGUCAGAGGCUCCGAGGCAAAGCUGGGUCAGCUGUUAAAAGAGCUGAGAAUCAAAGCUCAGGUUUUCCCUGUGCCAUGGGACCACCAGGUGGCGCUACACUGGCAGCGGCAAGGCGAGUGGAGCAGGAAAACCCAAUCCCCGGACAGAAACAAGGAGCAGAGUAAACUGGGAUCAGUCAAAGAGGACGAUAACGAGGAAGAUUACGUGAACAACUUCCCGAGCAACGCCACUCGCCUGUCAGAUGACUACCUGUCAGCUGUCAACAAGCUGAUCAAAGAGGCAGCCAAGCCCGCCCCUGCUGUGCGCUUCCUGUAUCUGCCCCGCCCUCCUGCUGACACUCGCCGCUACACCACUUACUUACACCAGCUGGAGCUGCUGACUCAGGACCUGGGCCCCACGCUGCUUAUUCACGGUGUCACGCCGGUCAUCACUACCGACCUUUAA